AACAGGCGGAGGGAGGAGCAGGAGGAGGGCUUAGCAACUCGCGCGCAAGGGGAGGCAGCAGAAGUUGCAAGGAGGAGGCUGCUAAUUGCAGCGAGCCAGCGAGCGAGCGCCGGGAGAAGGUGCCAUGAGCCCUCGGGAGCUUCCGUGGGAGAGGAGACCUUACCGAAGGACCGAGAGGGUGGCCUGAUUGUAGGACCCCCGGCCCUCUGCCAGGACCAAGACAUGGGCCAGACGUCAGUCUCCACUCUCUCCGAGCACGCAAGCGGUGAGUGCAGCGGGGGAAGCGGCGCGCACGCAGGCAGGACGACUCUCCCUCCCCACCCCGCAAGAUUGAUCGUGUUUCCUUCGCAGCCGGGAGAGAGUCUACACCAGCAUUAAUGUCAACCAAGUGUUGCUUUCCGAUGCUGCUGCGCGACAAGCAGACCUUCUCAACUGUACUAUACAGGUUUCUUUAUCCAAGGAAAAGUAGAAUACAGCCUCUUUGGGGGGCGGGGGUCUAGCAAGAGUUUCUCUUAAAGGAGCAGCUUUCUUUCUUUCUUUCUUUCUUUCUUUCUUUCUUUCUUUCUUUCUUUCUUUCCCUGCCCCUCCCCUUGAAAGGAACGGCUUGGCUUGGCUUCAUGUCAUUUUGUAUUGCCUCUUUUAAUAAUAAUAAAAGUAAUAAAAAAUUUAAAAAACAACAACUUUUGGGGAGGGUUAAAGCUUUCCGUGAAACGCAUAGUUCUGAUUCUUUCGAUUCCUGAUUUUAAAAACAACAAGAAGAAGUAAGAAAACAACUGCUUUUUGUUGCUGAGAUUCGCAGCACGUAGGUCAUAAGAGUCUACGCCCAGCUUCUCCUUUUACAAGCUUUAUUUUGUUACCACAAGCGUGGUUUCCUAUCAUGCGUUUGCACUGUUAGUGUAGGCUCGGUGGCUACACAUCUGCUUUUUUGCACAUUCCUGUCCCCUUCCCUUUUGCACUGUUGUAUUUCUGGUUAUUAAAACUUAGAAAUAAAGCUAAUGUCAACAGUGUGUUGAUUUUUUAAAAAGCCUUAACAAUGGUAAACUAUGUAAUAUUUUGUUUUAACACCCCCCAAAAAAAUUUCAGACGUAGAAGCUGAUAUUCUAAUAAGAAAAUGGGGAAACAGGAAUCAUUAACUUUUUAUUGAAUAUAUGUUGAGAAUAUUCAAGUUAUUCAAAGGCAAGUUUUUUUAAAGGCUGUACUUGAUUUAAAUUGCUGUUCAGUAAUCUGAAAUACUGUUCCAUAUCUGAAAUUUUGAAAUGUCAGCACACAAAAGAGUUUCAUUAAUUUAACAAUGUAUCAGCUAGUGCCUGCUAAGAUAAAAGAAGAUUGCACAUGCAACCUAAAUUGAUACCACAAAUGUUUAAAAUGUCUUUUAAAAUUGCAGUGCCAUAUAAGAACUACCCCAGUUGUUUAAGUUUGAAUCUGUGUGUGCUCAUCUUACUGCUUUCCAUAGAAUACAAAUGCUGCCACAAUCCAGAUAACUGCAUGAUUCAGAGCAACUAAACACUUCGCAUAUUACCAUUAAUGUAGGUACACUGAUUUUUGAACAAUGUGCACACAAAGUUUGGGUGGCAUGUCUGCAUUUUGUGUGUGUACUGCAUAUGGGAUUUCCCAUCUCUCUUGCAUACUGUCCCUGCAUUGGCCCUAAUUCAUUCAUGUGUGUGGCAGAGAUGUGGAAGAACAGGAAGUGUAGGUUGCUUGUGUUUCCUGUUUCUUCCUUGACAUCACCCUGUCAGGUGUGAGUGAUGAAAUCUUGAAUAAUGUAUGUAAAUCAGCCCAACUCGUCAUGCCUGGUGUGAGUCCUUAAAACAGUAGACUCCUGACUCAUAUGGCAGUUAAGAACACUUUGCCACUUGGCAUGGAACAGCCUUUCUCAACCUGUGGGUCUCCAGAUGUUGUUGAACUACAGCUCCCAUCACUCCUAGUUAGCAAGGCCAGAGCUCAGUAAUGAUGGGAGUUGUAGUCCAACAACAUCUGGGACCCACAGGUUGCAAACUGCUGGAUUAGAGGAAGGGAGGCAGCUAUUGAAAAGGAAUGCCAAAAGCACUGUUGGGUAGGCAUCAAAGGAGAGUUCUAUUGGGGCCACAGAGACCUAGAAUCUCUAAAUAUUUUCCUUCUCUGAUGGCAGCUUCAUGGUUACUGUGUAUUGCUUGUCAUUGUACAGCACCCAACUGUUUUAGAUGCUUUAUAAACAAUAUUAUCUAAUAUGUGUGUCUAUAGUGGCCAGUUUAAACGCAGAUACCCCUCCCUCUGUACUUCUUGAAUAGGGGAGCAGUAAGGAGCAUUGUGUCAAGAAGAUUUAACUAUUAAAAAAAAUUACAGAAAGCUUUUCAAUCAAACAGUUUAUACCAACAAAUCAUUAAUAUAAUUUUAAGCCUUCCCCCCACCUUGAUUUGCAAAUCCACAUUUCCUGGAAGAACUAGGAUAAGGCAGGGUGUGCCAGGAGAAGGAGGAGUCCAGAUACACUUCCUUACUUGGAAUUCUUCCAGGGAAGCUGAGAGGAAGGGGGAAACCAGAAUGUCUGUGAGGGGGCAAUUCUUCUCCCUUGCACAGCCAGUCUCCCACUCUAGUUCAACAUACACUUAGGAAAAGGAAGGACAGAUGGAGGGAGUUUUUCUCCCUCUCUCGUACGGACAUCCAACAAAGCUGAAUGUUGGAAGAUUCAGAACAGACAAAAGAAAGCGCUUUUUCACACAGCACAUUGUUGAACUGUGGGAUUUGCUAACAACAGAGGCAGUGCUGCCCAACAACUUGGGCGGCUUUGAAAGAGGAUUAGACAAAUUCAUGGAGGAAAAGGCUCUCAAUGGUGCCUCUACCUUCACUGUCAGAGGCCAGUGUGCCUCUGAAUACUAGUGGCUGGGAACCGUAGGAGAGUAGGAUGCUGUUAUGCUCAGGUCUUGCAGGCUUCCCAUAGGCAUCUGGCUGGCCAAUGUGAGAACAGGAUGCUGGUCUAGAUGGGCCACUGGCUUGAUCUGGCAGGCUGUUCUUAUGGGCAAGCUGUUGGCAGCUGCGGACCAGGCAACUCUCUCAAGAAGCCAUAGUCAACCUGUGAGCUCCCAGUUACCAAUCUGAUCUACCACCUUUGCCUUUAAUCAUGCUUAGAUGUAACCUACUUGACAGCUGAGGACAUUGGCCCUCUUCUAAGUAAGAUAGGCCUAGAUUUUCAACAUAAAAGAAGACAAAUCCUACAGUGUGUCCUACUUGCUCACCUGGUAAAGUUUUUUGUGACAUACAUCUGUUUGUCUAACAGGUGUGUUUCAGAUGCUUUGUCUAAAUCAUAAAAUCUGUAACAUUUUAUAGCUGUCAGUGCGAUGAGUGGUCCUCGGAUAGACUGUUUGAGUGUGGUAUUUCAGCUAAUCAAAAUUUUAAGCUUUUGAGAACUGCUGGAUUUGAGAUGGCUAAAGGGAAACCACUACAAGGGUGAUGUCUGUUUUUAGAAUGAAAUAUCCAUAGUGUGUUCAGAUAUCUGGAGAUAGCAAAGCAAAAGGAGCUGUGUAAGUGGGCACAAAGGGGACGUAGGUAGCACUGUGGUCUAAACCACAGAGCCUAGGGCUUGCCAAUCAGAAGGUUGGCGGUUCGAAUCCCCGUGACAGGAUGAGCUCCCAUUGCUCAGUCCCAGCUUCUGCCCACCUAGCAGUUCGAAAGCACGUCAAAGUGCAAGUAGAUAAAUAGGUACCACUCCAGCAGGAAGGUAAACGGCGUUUCCGUGUGCUGCUCUGGUUCUCCAGAAGCGGCUUAGUCAUGCUAGCCACAUGACCCAGAAGCUGUCUGCGGACAAACGCCAGCUCCCUCAGUCUAUAGAGUUAGAUGAGCAUGAAACUCCAGAGUCAUCCGUGACUGGACCUAAUGGUCAGGGGUACCUUUACCUUUAAGUGGAUACAUAAUUUGCUGCAUGUCCUGAUCCUUUUGCACAGAAGGCGGUAGAUAGAUUGUGCAGUGUGAUCAUCUUGGGAGGAUCAGUGUUCAAAACACCCAUUGUUCUAGGUGCAUUUUGUAACACGGAAUUUCAUUAGUGCAAGCAGUUUCUGAGCUCUCGGCACAGUACUGCGCCUAAGAUUUCAGAUUUAAACUGCAGAGUGGAAGGAGGGGAGGACCUUUUUCUGCCGCCCCACUUCCAGCUAUUCUCUGAAGACUGGAGAAGAGACCCUCUUAAGUAUAUUAGAGGGGGUAGGCAGGGGACAGACUGGACCCUGUGUAAAAUGAACAUAAUAUUUUAGCUGCAGUUCAUUCAUUUUCAACUUUUAUUCUGGUUAUAAAAAGCAUGCCUAGACAUUCUGUUGUUGCACCCAUUAUCUAGGUUUAAGGUGCCAUUUAGCUCCUAGCUUUCAUAUCUCAGUUUCCAACACUGGUGAGGAUAUCUGUGUGUUGGGCCAUAAGGACAGCCACAUGGGUAUAGGGCUGUGCUGCUAAGAAACUGCAUGUUAAGGAACAAAAACCUGUCUGUGAAGGAAGAAUGUGUUCAGUAUUUCAAGUAAUAAAAUGCAAUGACAAUUUUCAGAGUAGGAUACAGUGAAAUCCAGGAAAAAGAAAUUAUGGAGUAGGACGUCCAUGGGCAGCUUUGAAGCUUAAAAGAAAACCAAGUUUUUAAAGACUUCUACAAUAUAUAUAUUAGAUAAUUUACAGAUCUCUGGGGGCAGGACCAAAUACAGGCAACUUCUGUAUUUUUUCUGUAUGUUUUGAUUGACGUGCGGUCGCACACAUGCAUACACUGCAGAACCUGGAGGUGAUCCUAAAACGUCACUAAAAAGGCAGGGUGGAAUAUUUUAUGCAGGCCCCACUGAUGUGUGUGGAGGUCUAGUAUGUAACCUCCAUGCAAAAUGAGGACUGCCUUUGUACAAAUUCAAUCUCCCAUUUCUGGUAUCUUCUAAUUUCCUCCCGACCUCCCACCACCAUUGCUUGCAUUUGUAUUGGUCAUCAGCUAUGAUAAAUUCCCUCAAAGUGCUUUUCUUAUAUUUACCCCUAGAUGUUUUGAGAUCAUCAGAGUAGGUGUGCUUUGAAUGCACCUGUAUUCUGAAAUGAAGAUGGCAGCCAUAUCCAGGAACAGGUGCUGGUUUUUGCCUCAUUGUAGAAUUUACUUCCAAGAGAAGCCCAACAAGCUAAUUUUCUACUCUGUUCCAGAAAUGGCUGGAGAUGUGACUCCAGAGGCAGGGUUUUCUAGUUAGUAUACUGUCUUUUUUAAAAAAAGAUAAUGGUCUUUAACAUAAAGCAUAUGAUUCUGUGUUAAUUGUAUUUUUGGUUGUUUAGUUACAAUGCUUACCUGUAAGUUGCUUUUGAGAGCUUCAGGUAUAACGUAAGAUAUAAAUAAUCAGUCAAAAUAUUCAGUCAAAAAUAUCUAAGAGUUUUGCAUAACUUACUCUUCUUCUUGUGUCCUUUCAAGAUAUUAUGUUUAAAAGUUUUUCUAAAGUUAAAGGAUGUUGGAUGGGUUAGAUACUGUGUUUUUCUCUUGCUUACUAAUAUACUGUAUAAAGCAUGCUUGUGGUCUUCAAAAGCUUCAAAGGAGUAAUGCUCUGUAAUAAUUCUUCACAAAGUAAUGCUUGGAUCCCUUGGAACUGGUCAUUUUGAUAACCAAGCCUUUUUUAUUUGUCAGGGUGUUUUCUUACUGGGAAGAUGGGACCAAAAUAUGUUUCCUCUCUCCUGUAAUCAAAUAGUUAUUAGCCCAUAGAAUCCUGCUGUUGUGUUUGGCAGUCAAUGAAGGCAGUAUCUUAGGUCAAAAGCUAGCUUGGUUUUCAGCUAGUUCUCUCUUAGAUCUCCUGGGGUUGGGGACUUCCUGUUUAUGAACAUAACAAAAGCAUUUUUCCUAUGUGCACACAGAGGAAGUUGGUCUUAUGCUGACCGAGUAAUCAUGUCACUGACAGCUACUUACAAAUACUGUAGCAAAGGUACUCCUUGUUUUAGAGAAACAGUAACAAUAAUUACCCCAACAAGUGAAUACUGUAUUGGUUGAAGUUGCAUAAAAAUAACACAAAUGCUAGAGAAUAGAUAAACUGGAUACAUCCUAGGCCUCUACUAUAAUAGAUGAUAGUAAUACUGACAGAAUAAUUCAGAUUUGGCCCCUAGAUAACGGCUUCACAUAUCUGUUCCUCCAUAUGUUGUACCACAGAUUGUGGAUAUAUUUUUGAGAGCUAUACCUGUAACAGAAGAUCUGUGAAAACUUGCAAAUAAGUGCAUAUGUUUCAGGUCUGAUUUCGGCACAGAAUCUGGCUUGGUCUUCCUGUAGGAAGAAAAACACAGAGAGUGUGAUCCUGUUGAUUCUUUUGGACUCUCCAGUGAUUUUUGAUAGAGCAUGCAAUCUUUCUGUCAGAGUUUGCUAUCCUUUCGGAGAUGCUGGAUGUGAAUUUUGAACUGACAAGUAGCUGGUAAAAAAAUUGGAAAAGUGUGUAUCUGUGCACCUGCUUGCGUGUGAUUAUGUGGGCCUAUCCCCACCCACUUUUUGAAUUUGCCUCCCAAAAGUUUUCCAUGGGGAAAAUAUGGCUCUCAGUCUCAGCUCAUAAGAGGUUUUCUAGCCCUGGAUAAAUAGGUCCCUUUCCCUCACUGGUGCUCUGCUCAAGAUUUCACGUAUUUUUCUUAGUGGAGUUGGUGAGAAAUAGUCAUUGAGAAAAAUAGGUGUUCAGUUACCCUGACCCUCAGUGCAUGUAAAGAAUCAGAAAGAACUACCAAAUAGUGAAAGCAUCUAUGUUGCGUUUUCUGAUGAGGCCUUAGGAAAGAAAGUUUAGAGGAAAACAAAUGGCUCUUGCCAGUGCCUUUGCUUGAGCUCCUUGAGAUGCUUUUGUGAUCCGUUUUGAUCUUUGGCAUCACUAUGCAGUGGAUCAAGAUUUCCUAGCAUUGUAAGAUAACAUGAGCACCCAUCAUGAAAAUCAUUGAUGUCCUUACUAAAUUGGGGUUGAUGGAGAGCAAGGAAGAACUGACUAUGGUAUUGCAACAUCUGCUUUUUGUACUCUAUUGGAUUUACCAAUGAGUUUCAGGUCUUUUUCUGUGUAUGGAAUAGGGGUGGGGAAACUGUAGCUCUCCUGAUUUUUGUGGAUUACAAACUACCAUUUGCCAUGCUGAUGAAGGCCCCUGGGAGUUGUAGUCAGCGACAUCUGGAGAACCACCCCCGGUCAGCCACUGCUAGUAUAGAACAUACCAAGUGAGAAUAAUUGUUGCCAGAGUUCAGUUGCCUUGUACUGGCACUUUGACACAAGAGUAUGAGCACACACCUCAUAAGUGUUUGGCUGAAGCAGCACAUUAGACAGUCAAAAAACUAUUACAAGAAAAAGAUCUCUGUAGCACACACACAAAAACUCCUGUUUCUCUGUAUUUGGGAUUUUUGGUGAGCUCCUUUCUGCGCCAGCUUGUGAUUUCUGAUGUUAUCUGACCUGUUCUUUAAGGAAAAUCGCACUUCUACAAUACUGUCUUUCCCAUGAUUAUAAAUAAAGCUCAUAAGAAUUCAAAAGUACAGUAAACAACUUUCCAUUUGUCACAGUCAUAAAGCCAAUAGGUAUACUAUCACAAGAGUACUGUUGGGAAAGAGACUGAAGCUACUUUGAGCCUGAUUAUUGAUGCAAUCUAAGAUAUCAGUAUGGGCAGGACAGGGACAGCACAGGUCAGGAGCACAUUUACUCCCUGAUGUUUGCCCCUGACAUGAUUGUUUUUUGGCUAUGCAUGCAAAAAGGCGAAUAAGGGAUGUUCCCGACUUUCUCCUGAUGAGGCUCAAUCUAAUGUCUUUGCUUGCUGCCUCCCUGCUAUAUGCAUUAAGUCUCUGGAGCCUGCUCCUGGCAGUGUGUUUAUUGUGUGUUGUGGCCCCUUCCUGUGGGUUCUCUCCACCCUUAAAUUGGGUCUUAAUGCCUUGUGUGUGCGCUCUGUGUGUUUGUGUACACUCUCAUUUAUUGCCUAUGUUCUGUGCUCCAAAAUGGUGGUUGUAAGCAGUGCAAGGAGAUUCAAACCUGUGUUUGUAGAACUUGGAAGUAAGGCAGUCAUUGUUUGCUGUGACACUGGGAGUGUUGUGUCAUCAUUUUAAGUACUGUGUGUACAGCGAACCUGGGAUAAGUUGCCAUCUUGAGUUCAUUGUCUCCCUUUGUGUGUGUGGGUGGGCAUCAUGUUUGGCACAGACUACGAUUGGGAGGCUUUGGUGAUGCUGGUGGGUGGUGUCUGCUAUUUUAAUGCCAUUUUCUGAUUGUCUUUGUUCCUACUUUUCAGCCUCCUCCUCGGCUCAAUGAGUGUAGGAUACAGUGAUGCCCCACUGGCACAGAAACAACAGCUUUCCUCCCUCAUAUGUCACUGGUGCAUAGGAUUGCCCUGCCAGCAUUUUUGAAACUUUUCAUUGAUGCAUUUUAUUCUGCCUUUGAAAUCUAUGGGAUUUCAGAGGACUUCACUCAGGCAGGGUAAAGGUAAAAGUAAAGGGACCCCUGACCAUUAGGUCCAGUCGUGGCCGACUCUGGGAUUGCGGCGCUCAUCUCGCUUUAUUGGCCGAGGGAGCCAGCGUACAGCUUCCAGGUCAUGUGGCCAGCAUGACUAAGCCGCUUCUGGCGAACCAGAGCAGCACACGGAAACGCCAUUUACCUUCCUGCCGGAGCGGUACCUAUUUAUCUACUUGCACUUUGACGUGCUUUCAAACUGCUAGGUUGGCAGGAGCAGGGACCGAGCAACAGGAGCUCACCCCGUCGCAGGGAUUCGAACCGCCGACCUUCUGAUCGGCAAGUCCUAGGCUCUGUGGUUUAACCCACAGCGCCACCUGUGUCCCCACAGCUCAGGUAGCGAGAUAUAAAUAGAAGUCUAUAUUCCGGGGUGGAGAACAUCAGGCCUAGGGGUCAGGCACAGGCCUCUAGGCUCCUCUGUCUGGCCCGCAGGACUCUCCCUAGGCCAUGACCCCACCUCUCUCCCUUCCUUUGUUCUGGUGUUUUUCCUUUCAAUAUUUCGCCAAAUUAAGCUCACACUGUUGCACCCCAUAUUUAUAUGUUUGAAGGCAGGACUACUGAAGUGUUAGUAUGGAACAGUGGCAUGCAUACACACAUCCCUUCUCAAAUUGGACACAUUUCUGGUACAUAAAUUCAGAGGAGUGUUAAUGAAUGGUAAUCUGCCUGUGGAUUCUGUUUUGACUGUGAUGUCAUAGAAAAUGAGUGCAAUAUUCCCUUGCUGCUCCACUCUGCAAAGUGCUGCUAGCAGAAUACAUUUGUAUGUGUAAUGUAGGGUUAUGGAUUUGGCAAAGGGGAUAUUUAUUUGGUAGGCUGCUGUUGUAGUCUUAGGGUAUAAAUUGCCAGAGUUUCCAGGCUACUUACUUAAAGCACUACCCCCCCCCAAAAAAAACCCUGUAAACUUAAAAGGAAAGAAAUAGUUGACAGUGUGCAGAAACAGGAAUAGAAUCAGAUAAAGAAUGUUUUGCAAAAUACUGGUGACUAACCUUUUGUUAGGCCUUGAUGGGUUUAAAAAUGUCACCAACCACUCCUUUUUAAAUGCAUGAGAAAGAUAAACUUACUUGUUCGGAAGCAAUUUAAAACUGUAUAGUAUAAAAAUAACUACUUCUGGCUCCUGAUUUUUUAAACACAUGUUUCUGUGAAGCAGAAUACAUUGCUAUAACUUGGGAGUUAAUUUAUUUUAUUUUAAUUAUGUGCUAUAAGCCACUUAAAAAUGAGAAUAUGCUGAAACAUUGCGGGAGAAAAGGUUAAAAAAACAAAAACAAAAACCUCAUAGAUUCAACAGCUUGUUCUUUCCUUUUAUACCAGCUUCUUCGUUACUGGCAAGACACAGAGAAGGUAUUUGCAAUGAAAUUAAAAUCACAUCUCUGUUGUCUGCUUAACUUUCUUUCUUUCUUGGAUCAAAUGUCUAUUGGUUGGUGAGGGGAAUGUGCAAGGUUCCAAGUCAGUACGGACCAGUUUGGUUCACAUCAGCAAACCAAACAUUUCCUCAACCUAACUGAUGCGUACCUGGCCUCCGUUGUUCUGGUCAAAAUAAAAUAAAAUAAAUUUAAAUAUAUUAUAUGACCUAGCAUCUGGGUUUUGGUUUAUUGUGGUCGCCUUCUUCUGCCAGUGUACUUUCCCCAAAUUAAUCAAUUAAUCAAUUAAUUACAAUUGUAUACUGCCCUUCAUCCGUAGAUCUUAGGAUGGUUUACAGCAUAAAAAUAUAAGAUAAAAACACAAAAUACAUAAUAAAAACAAAAACUCCCUCCCCUCUCCCCUUCCAAAAACACAUUUAAUAGGGCAUAGGAAGUUAAUCAGCCCAAGGCCUGUUUAAAGAGGUCUGUUUUCACCUGGCGGCUAAAGGUGUAUAAUGAAGGCACCAGCCAGACCACCCAGGGGAGAGCAUUCCACAGCCCUACAUAUAAUACACUGCAGUAAUUCCUUAAUGCUUUAAAUAUUCCUCAGUAUGAGAUUUCUCUUGUGAUCAUUUAAGUAUGAGGGCAUCUGUUUAUGAUCUGCCACUGUCAUAGCCCCAUGCAUGACUUACUUGCAUGUAGGGCAAAGCCAUGUCGAAUCAGGAGUGGGGUCGUGUUUUUAGCCUCACUGUCGACAUCCCAUCUGCUUUUCUCUUGUUGACCACACAUUGCACAUGGUUGUCUGUCCUAGUGCCUCAGUUGCGCAGAGGACCCACAUGUGAUCAAGAGCUCGCUCACACGCUUAAGUUUCUUUACAGCCAGCUGCAUUGUCGGAGAAAUCAGAUGAGAUGUUGGAGACAGGGUAAAAAAGCCUAGCCUUGCUCCUGAUUCAGCAUGUUGCCCUACACAUGACUAACAUAUGCAUAGGCUAUGCCUAGUUUGGUGCCUAGAGAAAACAAAUGCCAGAUGGAACAUUUAUAUUAGGAAGAAUUCAAGCGUUGAUAAGAUGAGUUCACACAUUCAAACUGCAAGCAUGAAUCACAGUGUAGUGAUCUAGCCCAGAUUGUUCCUUCUUGUCAUCCCCCAGCUUGACUUCUGUUUUAGCAACUGGUAAUGCGCACACACUUUCUCUUUGAGGUAUGAAAAUGUAAGAUCUGCACUGUACUUUUGGAUUACUUGACAGUAAAUUAGGUUCACCUGUAGUUCUUUUGCUUUUCCACAUAAAACAGGUCUAAAUGGAUUUUCCACAAGAUAAGAAGUUUAUUCUUACCAAAAUAAAAUUUGGCUUUCCAUCCCCAUUCCUAGCAUUCAUAUGAAACUGGUUUUCACAUUUAUUGUGAGCAGUGCUUUUUUAUGGAGGGAUGCAGGGGUACAUAUACCCUAAACAUUUUGUGAAUCUAAGUUUGGCCUCAUUGAGGGGCAGUAUUUCAAUAUGAGUAGGAAAAUGAGAGUACCUCUAAAGUUUUUUUUAGAACCCUCCCCCCCCCGCUGAUUAUGAGGCUAAAACAGGCAAAAAUAAAUUAAUGAAGAAGCAUGCUGUUAACUGAGCCCUCCCUGAUAAAACUGUUUUCCAGUGAUCAGUUAAUCAAGGCUUUAAAUGAAUAACUUUACACAUACCAUUAAAGGGUUUUUAACUUUACACAAACCAUUAAAGGGUUUGCCAUUUUGUAUUGAAGCCACCAUGCCUACAAUACCAGCUGUAAAUAUUAAAGCAUAAAACUUUAGUGUCUUUCUUGGGGUAGCAGUGGGAAUAAAAUACAUUUUUAAAGACUUGCCCUGAAAUCAGGAAACAUUAGUAUACGACCUAGAUAUGGAGAAAGAGAUGUGUGACAGCAGAAGCCCUUGUCUUAUGUUGAGAGUAUUGGCUGUUUACAUGUGCAUUAAAGAUUCUACCUUAAAAACAAACAACCCAUACUCGGAGUAGAGUAUGCAUUGGUUAGAUACCAUUCUUUAUCCUUGGGUAAGGUAUACCCAAAAGUUUCGGUGCCUUGAACUCUGAGUAUUUUAAAUGUGCUGAAAUUUAACCAUCAUUAGAAUUAUAUGCCACUAUCUAACCAUUAAUUAGAAUGAAAAUUCUUGAUGCUGUUGAAUAUACCAAGAAUGAAGAACUAGGAAUAUGAACUAGAAGCCUAUAUUUAGUAGAGUCAAAGACAAGAAGAGGCCAUAUCAAUAAUCUGUUUCAGAAUCCUCCUGGUGAAUGUGGUGGUUUUUCCUAUGGAGUUUUUCCAGCUUCACGCUGUUAAUACUCUUCCUGCUCCGGGCACCAAAUAUAAAAACAAAUGCUACUAGUAAUGAGGGAAUACAGUGCUUUUUCUUAAUUUAGUCAUGCAUAAACAUCCAGAGGAAUAAAUUAAGUGUGUUAUGACUCUACUACACAGUAAGUAGAGUCCUGUUACUGGUAUUCCAGUAAAAAGCAUAGAUAGCGACUGUGGGCACAUUCCUUGCAGCAGUGCUUUUUUGAGGUAAAACAAUGGUGUGCUGGUACUCAUAUAUGGAUAAAAAUGCUGUAGGUGCCAGCACAAAAUGGCUGCCAUGGGCAACAGAAAAAGAGGUGACAGUACACACUGAAUACCAUGACAAAAAUGCAUUGCCUUGCUGUUAUACGCAGCGGAGAAGAAGUGGGAUGGUUAUAUGCCUGCCUGAAAACAACUGUGGACAGAAGAGCUCACUCUCUCUGUGUGUGUUUGUGUGUUUCCCUCUGUCACAAGUGGUGUGUGGCCAUUGUUUGCCAUAUAAACAUUUCUUCAAUGAACUGCGCUGUUUUUAUAGUUAUGGCUAAGAGGUGAUGUCAGCAGUGCAUUCCAGACAGGAGUAACAAUGCCAAUGAUAUAUUUUCAGUGUUGUAACAGAAAUGAUGGUACAUAGGAGGCCAUCAGAGAGCCAUCAUACCACUUUGGCUGUUUCUGUAGUGAGAAAGAAUGGGACUGAGAUGUGCCGACAGCUGGCAUAGGGGGAGGGGAGGGAGAGAAGGGAGCUUGCGUUGUUUUUGCUUGCCUACAAUCCAUAAAAAAUUAAAAAGCUAAAUCACAUAAAAUUAUGUUUUUAAAAUCUCUGUAAAUUAAACCUUUUUUAUAAUCUUGAUAUUUGCGAUUACGGUUUAUGAUGUUAAAUGCAGAGAUGAUUGCGUAUAGCUAUAGUCCUUCGUUGUUAAGCCCUUUAAUUUCCAGGGAUGGCUUUUCAAUGCGAUACCUCUGCAUUAAUUUGGUAAAGAAGUUGGACGGGAGAGACUGCUCUGAGUGUGUUUCUGUCUUCCCCGCCCCUCGCCAUCCCCCUUCCCUUAGUAGAGAACUUGAAACAUUAAAUGAAACAGCUGUUUGCCAUGAGUGAAAUGUGAUGCCUGAUAAAAUGGGUCUCUGACUGGCUCAGCUUCCUCUGUUCUGUAGGAAAGGAACCAUCAUUGGCCUUGACAGGAUCCCUGUUCUUCUUCAAAGAGAAAAAAGAUUCAUUAAAAACAGCAACUAUAUACCUUUGCACAUGACCAAAUGUGAUCUAAAAUUUAAAGCUGGCAAACUGAAUUAUUUGGACAGGUUGCUGUCAUAGUUCCUUUGAUACUUUUAUGUCAACCUUUGAGUUGUAUCCAUUGGUGAUUUUGUACUAGCAGAAAGUGCUCCUUCUUGCUCUCCACAGUUCUGGGUGACGACCCCAAGCCUAGGGAGCAGUUUUUUGGGGGAGUGCUGUGUGUGUGCUAGGUGGAGGGGGGAAAUUGGGUGGCCAUGCCUUCCUUGAGCAGAAGCAUCUUUUGCUAGUCCAAACUGACCAUAUAACACUACCCAUUGUUCUUGAUGAGUUGGCAGAGAGUAGGAAAUUGACCAGUUGGUGCUAGUGCAGCCACAGCCACUGCAGCAGCCAUCUUUUAUGACAAAACAGGAUUAGACUACAUAUUACGGAUUAAAGUUAGGGAUGCGGGUGGCGCUGUGGUCUAAACCACAGAGCCUCUUAGGCUUGCUGAUCAGAAGGUCGGCAGUUCAAAUCCCCACAACAGAGUAAGCUCCUGUUGCUCGGUCCUAGCUCCUGCCAACCUAGCAGUUUGAAAGCACGCCAAACAGUGCAAGUAGAUAAAUAGGUACUGCUCCGGCGGGAAGGUAAACAGCGUUUCCGUGCGCUGCUCUGGUUUUGGUGUUCCAUUGCGCCAGAAGCGGCUUAAUCAUGCUGGCCACAUGACCAGGAAAAACUGUCUGCGGACAAACACCAGCUCCCUUGGCCUGUAAAGCGAGAUGAGCGCCGCAACUGGACUGGACUUAACUGUCAGGGGUCCUUUACCUUUACUUUAUUUGAUUAAAGUACAGUAGGUUUGGAAUUAUGUUGCACCUGGUUCAGUGAUAUGACUGCUCUGAAAUUAUGAAUUAUGAAAACCCCAUAGUCAAUUGUCAACCAUUAAAUUGAUGUUUAUAAUAUUUUGUUUAUUAUAAUCCACACGUUCAUAAAAAUAUAUCAAGGUGCAUUUACAACAUAGAAUAAAAUCGGCAAAAAAGCAUCCAAUCCACUGAUUGGUUAAAAAGAGAACAUUUUAUAUUGCAAAGGCCUCAAACAAUAUAGUUCUCAGAAAGCAUCUGAAAGAAGGAAGGGAUGGUUCCUGCUGAAGCGCUUCUGGUAGGGAGUGCCACAAGGCAGCGCCUGCUGUACUAAAGGCUUGGUCCCUAGUGAAGGUCAACUGACGCUUGGGGAUGCGGGGAACCACCAGAAGUGGUGUAAUACAUUUUUGGGCUUCAAUCUUGCUUCCGUAGGCAUAAGAGUUUACAUGGAAAUUGUGGCUGAGUGGGUUCUCAUGAGAACUUUUAAGCUUCGUUCUUUUAGAGACCAUUUGCAGCCCUGUCCUAGACUUUUUUUAAUGAAAAAAGCAGAACAAGCCUUCAUGGCUGAAAGCACCACAUUACAUCUAAUAUUCCACCUCUAGAUGCUGUGCUCCUGAUUUGGAAUGUCACAUGGCAAAUACAUCAAUAUCCAACCAAGGUACCAGAUUUUUAACAUUGGAUACAUUUUUGAAGAUACCUAACCAUAUUUUGGAUCUUUUGUCCAUCAUCAGUUGAUUUGUUUUAACAAAAAUCUGCUGUCCACAACUCUUUAACAUCAUUUUACCCAAUAAAUGUGAAUCAGAUUUAGAAUUACUUUAGCUGUGAUUGCUAUUAAAGAGUAACCACCAGCAGGCUAGCAACAAGAUUGAUUAUCCCAUUUAAUCUGAAUAAUGUGUUAAGCUGAUUUGGGGGCGGGAACUCUGUUGGGCAAUUAAUUUCGUACUGUGAACAGUGGUUUUAAGGAAUGAAACAAUUAUUUUAAUAACUGGACUUGUGAUUUGAACUGUUGGCGCUUUCCCUCCUUGGAUAUGAACACUUUGGCUGGUUGGGGCACCUUUAGAGUGCUAGUACUCAGUUCUGGGUACUAAAUUUUAAGAAGUACCUGGACAAACUGGAAUAAGUCCCUGUGGGAACACUCAGAAUAAUAGGGGGUCUGGAAGCUAUGUCUUAGUUGAAAGAGUUUAAUAUGUUGAUCCUGGAGAAGAGAAUCAUAGAACUACAGAAUUGUAAAGUUGGAAAGAAUCCCAAGGGUCAUCUAGUCCAGCCCCCUGCAGUGCAGGAAUCACAGCUAAAGAAUCCCUGGCAGAUGCCCCCCCCCCUCUGUUUAAAAACCUCCAAGGAAGAUUAAGGAGAGACAUUACAGUGGUCUUCAAAUACCUAAAGCGCUGUCAUGCGUAAGAUGAAGCUGACUUGUUUCUGGUGCACCAGAUGGUAGGACUUAAACCACUGGCUGCAAAUUGCAGGGAUGCAAAUAUAAGACACACGCAGGAUUGAUGUGAGCAGACUAAUUCACCUGUUGCUAGUGACUGGAACAGAGCCAUUUCUAGCUUCCUGUACAUUCUCGGAACUAUAGAAUUAAGAAUUUAUAAGGAGAGGGACAAAUUGAUGUUAAGCUGCUGGAAACAAAUGAUAAAAGCCUCAGCUUCUGGUAGACACUGCAUUCCUGUAAUGCAAAGAAAACGUGUGGUGUUCCUCUAGGUCCUCUCUUGAAAGUCCAAAAAACACUUUAAACUCUCCUGAACCAUUACAGUGCUUCCUAUGAGUUACUGGUCAGAGUCUGCCCUUAGUUCAAUUUAGGGGGAGCAUCCAAAGUCUUUCCUUCUGCGCAACUCUUGCUGGCUUUAACUUUCCUGGGAUGUCAGCCAGUUCAGGAAGAGACCAAGUGAUCUGGGCUAAACACAGAACCACUAUGAGUUGAACUGACGGGAGGAGAAGAUGUCAUCUAUGUCCUGCCAAAUCAAGAUACAUAAACACUGUGCUUUGCUCUCUUAGUUUCUCCUUUUAUUGGUAAAAGAACGAAAAUGCUGGUUUUCACAUUCUGCUUUUCAAACAAGAGCAUUUUUCUGUAUCGUUUUUGGUUUCAUUUCUUUAUAUCUAGUCUUCAUUAUUAGUGUUGUACUGCUGAAAGAUGUAUAUAUAAAAAAAGCAUGCUGUUGUGGUUUAUUACAAAUACCUACUGAUUCGGCACUAUUUUGGGUUCUUUUUAGACCUAAGCAGGUUAAAAGGUUGGCAGGUUAAAAAUGAUGUGAUGGGAGGGGGGAAACUCUUAAAGGAAUUAGGCAGAAGGCUAGUUCAUGUGGUCAGGACUUUUCACCUGGGGAUACAACCCUGGGGAUACAAAUGCGUAAAGAAUGUUAUGUGUGACUUUGCAGAUAUUUUGGCUUCAGUUUCCAUUUUGACUGCAAUUCUGACUAUUCCAGUUACAUCCAGCCUACAAAAGCUUAAUUAGGGUUGCCGUACAUCUGGGAUUUCCUGGACAUAUCCAGAAUACUUCAUUUUGCAAAAAAAAAGAAAAAAGAAGAAGAGUUCAACUAAGAAAAGCUCAACAACUUUUCUGUCCGGAUUUUCACUGCUUGAAAUAUUGCAACCCCAGCUUAAUCCAGAAUACAUUUAUUAGGGUUGGUCUUAAGUGGGAUUUAAGUUCUAUUGACAAAACCCUUAAUCUUUAAGGGUUGUACAAGGUGGCACAAGACUUGUUAUUAUUGUUAGAACAGACAUGGCCACCUCUCUGGGCAUCAAGCCAUAGUUGUGUCCAUGGAUCACAUGUUACAUUAUUCAUGUGAAUGUGUCUCCUGAAACAGUCAGGAGGGCAUGUUGCAUACAGAAAGCUUUAUCUUGGCAGUUAAGCAACGUUUCCAGGUUUCACAAGGAAUAUUGUGGGGGAGGGGUGAGCAAGUAGGAGAGAAAAUCGGCAAAGGAGGGAAUAUAUAUAUAUAUAUAUAUAUAUAUAUAUAUAUAUAUAUAUAUAUAUGAAGAAAAAAAAUAAUCCAUGUGUACUGAAGAUAUAAAGCAUAAAAAUUAAUCCUGUGAAAUCAUUUCUGAACUCUGAAAGAGCAAACACUGCUAUGGUAAAAUGUGUUGGUUUUUUCAGUGAACUAUUUCAGGGUUAAAAAUCAUAAUAUUUAACAGAAUGUGUGUGUGUGUGUGUGUGUGUGUGUGUGUGUGUGUAUGUGUGUGUGUGUGUUGAGACCCCAUCUUCAUAUCAUAAACCCAAGAAAGAUGAGAGGAUCUUCUCUACCCGCCUUCUCAAUAUUACGGCAGAAAUCAGGGUUCAUUUGCAAGCACUGCUACCUACAUUUUUAAUCUCUUCUCUAGCAGGAGGCCUAAUUAACAUUUUGCAGCAUUGGCAGCCCCAUCUGGAAACUACUAUUCAACCACCCACAUUAAUACUCAACCUUUUCCCUUUCCUUUAAUUAAAAUGCUGUCAGAACACUUAGCUCAAAGAACUUCCUGAAGUUAACAGUUGUAUAGCGAGGUGAAGAAAAAUGCAUGGAAGCCAGUAGUGCUGAUCUGCUCUUGCAGUACAGUACAGCCUUAUCUUUUGUAUAACUCUACCCAUUACAAGUUAGCUAUAUUUCUUUUUCCUCUUCAGUCCCGGAAAACAAAAUGGGCAAGGGGGUUCUCUGCAACUUGUAUAUAGCAAUGCUUUCUCUAAUAAAACUCUGUAGAGGUUUGUUCUGGAGAUAGGAACAAAAAUAUAAUUUAAACUGGGAUGCUCUGUGAGAAACUAUGUGGCUGUGUUCGCACAUAAUGGUAAGUGACUCUUGAGCUUUUGCUCUCCCCACUAUCACUUCCAUAACUCCAAGGAAGAGUUUAGAAGCUUUCACUUCUAUGUUAGACUAUUUUGAGUCAUUUACGGCCCUCCAUCCAAGGAUCACAGGGUGGUUUACAAUAUUGCAGUUUGUCAUAAUGUCUCAACCAUAGCUGUCAACUUACAGAUUUGAAAAUAAGGGACCAGCAGCCUUGAAAAUAAGGGACCUGCAGCCUCACCUGUUCCAGGCACUCCAGUCUUCCUGUCCUCCUGCAGUCUGGUCAAACUUCUGCUGGGUAGCUUCGAGAACACUGUCCAACCAACUUUGUAACCAGAGGUUCAACUGAAUAGAAUCUGAAUCACAUGCACCACAAGGCCUAUGCAGCCUCAACUUAAGAUGGCUCCCCGGCCUGGCUUUGCACUGCAAAGUUUGCAGCAGCACGUGCAACAAAAUGGUGCCCAGCAUUCAAAAACCCCUCAGCUUGCAUUAACUAGCCACACACAAGGCAUGCAAGCUCCACCCCCCAGUCGUUCUUAGACUUCUUAUUGGGUGAGCAACACAGCCAAGCAACACAGUUGGACCCUCCCUCCUCCCUGGCCGGCAGGGAGGGAGGGAGAGGAGCUGCUUCCUUUGAAAUUUAAGUGACAUCAUUUAAGGGACAUUUAAGGGACAUCCAUCAAUAAGGGACAGCAGCGGGACAUGGCGCUAGAAUAAGGGACUGUCCCUUCAAAUAAGGGACACUUGACAGCUAUGGUCUCAACCUGGAUGUCUCAGCAAUAGUUAAUGGAAACUGAGUCAACUUCAAAACCUAAGUUUAUGAAGCUGUUUUGUUUCCAAAGCUAAAUCACCUCCAUUGAGCAUUAAUCAAAAAUGGAAGCAGAAGCUUCCAGUCUCCUUGUAGCCACACCAGAGGUGGAGUUAGGCUGGGAGGCACAUGAGCCUGAGGCUCACUUCAGCUUAUCCUUGCAUCCCUGGCUUAGUGACUAAACCAUAGUUUAGCGCUACAGUGGUACCUCUGGUUAAGAACUUAAUUCGUUCUGGAGGUCAGUUCUUAACCUGAAACUGUUCUUAACCUGAGGUACCACUUUAGCUAAUGGGGCCUCCCACUGCCGCCGCGCAAUUUCUGUUCUCAUCCUGAGGUAAAGUUCUCAACCCAAGGUACUACUUCUGAGUUAGUGAAGCGUUUGUAACCCGAAGCGUUUGUAACCCGAGGUACCAUUGUGUAUGCAAACUAAGACUAUGAGUUGUUCUUGUUGCUGAACUGGAACAGUAUGAAGUUCUGUGGAUAUGUUGAUUAAGCUGCAUUAGGGUUGAUGCAAAAUGCACAUUCCUGACUUCAUUACUAUAAAUGAAGUGAUGAAUUGCAUUUGUGAACGAGCCGCCACAGAGAGAACUUUCAUAUUUUAUCACAGAGUUUGAUCCAGCCCACUGCCAGUGCAGUUGCUUGCAUGUGGAAUGAUCCAUAUAGGCAUAACAGAACCCUGUGUUUUGCUGCUUUUCCUGAGGUGCAUGGGCAUUCCAUGGACCAGGCCGUGACAAGGAAUGGGAGGACAGGGAUAUGGGAUGGGAAGACUGCAUUGAGACAUAGGUAUAUGUUAAGGUAAGUGUAGAGAAAUCAAGUGAAAUGAAUAUAUGAACCAGGCCUUGGGCACCAUGAAUUAAUAUUUUGUUAGGGCCUGGUGAGACUGCCUGUGGAAUAACAGCAUAAUAAAACAAAAUGAUUUGAAGGUUUAACAAACUUGUGUCCUUCUGAUACUAGUUGGAGAGAUGUGUGUAGAUAGGUGGAGAGCAAAUGUGGCUGAUAACAGACUCAGUUCCAAUGUACCUAUGUAGGAAGUUGCUAAACAAUGUGUAGUCCUUCCUGCAUUGCUCCUGUGACUGUCUCUUAGCUGCUGCUCCUUCUGGCCUCUGCUGCUGUGUCCUGCCCCUGCUUUUUUCCCUUCUCUGUUCUCAGCUGGACAUUCUGUGCUCUACCCUGUUUGUCAAGUGUGGUGCAUUUUAGAAGUGCUAUAUAAACAAAUGAUAAAAUAAUAACUAUAGAUAUUCCUGACCUCUACAGCUUAUCAUUGACCUAUGCUUGUCAUCCCUUCAUCAAAACUGUUAUCUGCAUACAUAGCUAUUAGGCUGCUUUUGUGAGAAGCUGAAUAGCAUUGUCUGGUGAAAAAUAAUGACAAUAUGCACAGGAUGGAUUGCCUAAAAAUAUCCUCUAUAACAGUACAGCAGUAAAGAGGAUGUCUGAGUCAUGAGGGUUCUAGAGAAGGAAGGAGAGAGUUUUUUUAAAACGAUUAGGUCUAAAGAGCAAAGGGGCUUGUGCUCUUUACAUUACCUAAGUGUACUGAUCACAGACAAUAAAAAUGAUAGCAUUCCUUAGUCACUUGUAGUCCAUGUAAUAAAAGUUAAUUGUAGAUUCAGUAGGUACAACUCAGAGAAAAUCAAGCACUCUUAAGUGCUUAAGAAUGAUGUGUUUUAACUUUCCUGGAUUGCUUUUAGGGAACAACUGAAAUGUUAAAUUAUGCUAAACUUGGAAACAGAUAUUUUUCGUAGGAUCUACAAGUGCUUUUAAUGACAGCCAUGUUACUUUGAACUUGUAUCUACAUUUUGUGGUUAUAUUGUCCAUCCUCCAUGUUUGACAUUUCUUUGUGUGCCUCACAUGUCAUAUUUGUUUGUUGCUUUUUAAUGGGCUCACCAUAAAAGUGGGGCAGUAGACAAUGUGGCACUUGUGGCACUUUGGAGCAGCAUGUGGUACCUGGAGUACUAAGAAUAGCAGCUUUGAUUUGAAUAUUAAUUAUGUUAGACCUUGCUGUUUAAAACAUAAUGCUGAAAGUUUGAUGUUAGCAUAUCUGGAAGGCUGCUUGGGUUCUGGAUUUAUUCAGAGUGCUGGUUCAGCGUUUGCCGUUAUCUUUUACAGUUCUGAACUAGAAUGUACUUACACAUAUUUUGUGAUACUUAAUCACAUUUUCAUUGUUAGGUAUGUCUGAAGUUAUUUAGAAUGUGUUAAAUGUAUAUUGCCACAUACUGUGAAGUGGCUGCUAUUUUUCUCCUCAUUAUUUUGCAUGUUUUAAAAAAUGACUGUUGUUCUACAGGUUUUGGUAACCUAACAUGCUGCUUGCUGGUUUGUUUGUUUUUAUAUAUAUAGUUGAUGGGAUAGACAAGACAUCAAUUGCAAACUCAGAUGGGCCAAACCCAGCAUCCCGAAGUCCUUCUUUCAAGAGGAAAGGCAAACUUUCUACUAUUGGCAAAAUCUUCAAACCAUGGAAGUGGCGGAAGAAGAAGACCAGUGAAAAAUUUAAAGAAACAUCAGCAGGUAUCACUUUGGGCAGUGGCAGAGGUUACUUGGUGGUGACUGGAAAAGGUUAUUGUUGAUUAGUUGCAUUAUUCCAUACCAAUUCAAAAUAAGAUUGUGUGACUUGUUCUGUGCAUAUUCUGUAACUUUUUUCUGCUUGCUGUCAGUCCCAGCCUAUGGUCUCUUUAAGACAAUUUGUUCUAGUCCCUUGCCAAUUUCUGUCUGUCACCAUUGUCUUAAUAACCUGUUAACCUUCUAUUCCUCUUCUUGGCCUCUUCCACCUACUCAUCUUUCUCGCUCAUGGACUAAAUUUCUUCUCAGACACACUGAACCAGUUAAGAAUUGUUCUGAUGUCUAAUAGAUUUGGACACAAAAAACCCCCCAUGUUGAUUAAUUGCUUAUUUUAUUUAUUUAUUUGCUGCAUUUAUAUCCCGCCUUUCCUCCAAAGAGCCUAAGGUGGUAUACAUGGUUUCCCACCUUCCACUUGAGUCCUCGCAGCAACCCCAUGAUGUAAGUUAGAGCUAAGAGACAGUGACUGGUCCAACGUCACCAAGUGAGCUUCGUGGCCAAGUAGGGAUUUGCAUGCUGGUCUCUGUUAGAUGUAUUGACCCCAAAAGAAAGAACUGUUUCUUUAGCUCUAUAUGUCACAUGUCUCAAAUAUUUCUGUGACCACAGUUCCAUAUGGAACAGCUAGUAAUCUCCCUUUUCUAUCCCUGCAGUGCUUCAACUCUGCCACCCUGUUCCUCAUUUCAAGGUCUUUUGACUCUAAUUGUUUCUGGUUUCAUACCUUUACUACUUUCAAAAGCUAGAUCUGAAAAGCAUGCUGCACAUUAAAAAGAGAAGAGAGACUGCACCAGACAUUUUUAGAUAUGGCACCUUGUCUGUAGAAUGACCUCUUGGCAUUCUCUUUCCCCUCACAAGCUUUUAAUUUUCAGGCAUUUUAUCUUGGCCAAUGUAAUUUUAUGGUUUUGGUAUUUUAAUUGGCCUGUGCCCCACCAAAGAUGAUCAGCUAUAUCUUCUGCAGCCUAUGCAUUAUUCCAUAGCAGUUCAAAAGAAGAUUGUGUGACUGAUUGUUCUGUGCAUAUUAUGUAACUUUUUUCUGCUUGCUGUCAGUCCCAGCCUAUGGUCUCUUUAAGACAAUUUGUUCUAGUCCCUUGCCAAUUUCUGUCUGUCACCAUUGUCUUAAUAACCUGUUAACCUUCCAUUCCUCUUCUUGGCCUCUUCCACCAACCCAUCUUUCUCGCUCAUGGACUAAAUUUCUUCCCAGACACACUGAACCAGUUAAGAAUUGUUCUGAUGUCUAAUAGAUUUGGACAAAAAAAAGAGAGAGAAGAUCAGGCAGUGUGGUGAUAUAACAAAGGAGACAUAAUUAAAAUGUACCUGACCACAGUGGUAUUUUUUUUUUACAACAUGGGAAAUUUUAAUAGUAAAACAACUUAUGUUUUGUAGUUCUUGCCAAACUGUAAAUCACAUUAAAAGCAUCUCACAGCACCUGGAAACACCCCUGUAAGGUACACAGGCAUUAAUUCUCUCUUUUUACAGUUAUAUGGAAUGCGGACAUCCAAUCUGUUCUUCCAAAUGUCACCUUCAAAAAGUACUUUUCAUUUUUCUGGUCUAUUAGAGCAGAACUAGAUUCAGAAAGCACUGCUUACAAUAGGUUGCUUCUGUGCCUGGUGUGAUGUAUUUAAGUCUUGGAACAUAAACAUGUAAGCAGGAACAUUCCCAAGAAAACAUUUGCAGACUUACUUUCCUGGAACCUGUUGUUUACUUUUGUAGGAUUUCUUAAAAGCGAGCUUAUAUAUAUGUAGUUGGAUAUGGGUCCCUAAUCAUCAGCGGAAAGCCCAAUUGAAAUAAAAGCAUCCUGACCAUAACGCCCUUAGAGACAAAGGGUAGGAUCCUGAUACUGUGCAGUACCUUACCUCUGUGGCUCGACUGGCAUUCAUUUGCAUUUAGUUAUGUUUUGUACUUGGACAAGGGAGAUCAUAUUUGUAGUGUGCUUGUGCCAUAUUAUUUUACCAGUUAUGCUCAUGCAUGUAACAUUGCUCUAAUGGGGUCCCCCUCGGGGAGCAGUUUUGAGAGGAAAACUUUUAAGCACUCUUUCCCAUUGUUCUUUCACUUCAGAUAGGGGACUGCCAAAGCUUGUUUUGCUUAUUAGUUUGUUUUGCUUUUUUAAAAUAACAAGGGGGGGGACGUGUAGUGGUCUGGCCCUCAGCCAGAGUACUUGGGCAGGGGUGGGAAUCUGAUUGUUUUGUAUUAGGCCUGUGAAAAACAGCAUGUAUUGAAAGGUGCAGUCUUGGAUGGAAGGCUCAGUUUUCUUACAAAAAUAUAUUGGAAGGUGAUCAUACUAUGCCAGCAGCUGAAUAAAUCUAUGUAAACAGCACAUGAUACAAGCAGUUAAAAUUAUGGAGGAUUCCUUAUGGAAAUAACUUGUACUGAUGUGGGAAUGAUGAAUGGAUUCCCCCCCCUUUGGUAACAUGUUUUCCAUGUAGAUCUUGAAUCUGUGCUGCCAAGCCGCUUGCUUUGCAAAGCUGAGCAAACACAGUUUCGUCAUCCUAAAAAACAAACUUUAGGAAGGAUCUUAUCAGUUUCUGCUUUCGGAAGAGGAAGAGAUUUCAGUAGUUUAUCAGCUAGAGUGAAAAGAUGCUCCUUUGAAUAUCCAUAGGGAAAGUGGAGGGGGUGGAGCAGAAGCCGCGUCUGGCUCUGAUUGCAUCAAAUGCUAUAAUCCCAGAGGAGAAGUUCGAAGCUAAAUGAAGAAUCUGCAGGUCUACCUUUGAGAAGCAAAAAUAUCUGGAUGUAUUUCAGAAUGUUGGAUUAGUGCUUUUUUAAAAAUAAAAACGGCAUAAUUAAGAGAGCCUGAGGAUUUAACAGCUGCUGAAUAGCAUGGUUGGGGACUCUUAAAGUAAAAGUGAAGAAUUAAUAAUACAUUUAUAUAUUUAUUUAUAUCCACAUUUUACUCCAAGGAGCUCACGGUGGUUCUUCCUCUCUCCCCUCCCAAUUAAUCCCAACAACAGCUUGUGAAGUAGGUUAGUCCGAGAGGCAGGUACUGGCCCAACAUCACCAAGUGGGGAUUUGAACCCAGGUCCCACGGGUCCCAGUCCAGCCCUCUAAGCACCAUACCACACUGGCUCUCUGUUGAGCACAUAGGGCAAAUGUUUACUUGAGCAGACAUAUAAAUGCCAGCCAGAGCUGUCAGAUAGAAAGAAGGGGCCUUCUUGAACUGUGGGAUUGCAGGAGAACUGAAAUGUUCUGACGAAAGAGACCGCCUUUUUAAAAAUGGUGUAUAUGUCCGUUGUAAAGAGAUGCUUAUCCUUAGGAAAGGCCCAUGCAGUGUGUUAUAUUUAUACAGUUGUGCAUUCAAGUCCCCCCCCAUCCCGUUUUUCAAAAGACUUCCUAUCUUUAACAACACCUUUUAUGUGAGCUGAGCUACCACCUUGACACAUCCGCACUCUAGCUUCCCAACUCUAUGAACACAGGUAUAUUUCACAAAGAUACAAUCCCAGUUGUGUACAAAUACUUUGGUCAUAGUAACUUCACAUACAAAUAGCAAGGCAUGCCUUCUGUAUUCAGUUCCAUAACUUUCCCAGAAGUAAUUCCAUUUUCUCCCAGUGCUUUUUAAACAAUUAACUCAGAUGAAAAAUCUUGAAGAACUCUGAACUUCUAAAAUGACAUUUAUUUAAAAUGCAAGAGAAUGAUAUUCUGUAGCUGCCUUGAUUCUGAAAUAAAGCAGAUGGUCUCAGUGUGUGUUGUUGAAGCGUUUGAUUUUAUGUUUCUUAAUUUAAGUUUUAAUAGCAAAACAGUAAAUCACUGUUUCUUACAGAAAUGUGUCUGCAUAACUUUUAAAAAGAUAAGAUGGAACACUUUGGCAAAUUAUCAAGCACUAAAUCUCUCCAAUAUUAUUUGACCUUUGCCUACGCUGUCUCAUUUACUCUGCUUCAGAUUCCAUCUAUUUUAUAUAAUCAAAAUACAAUUAUGCCUUAAUAAAUGCAAAGUGCCUGGUAUUUAGACAACUUCCUUGCUGUACUUUUUGUUCCUUAUGCAUAGCUCAGAUUUGGUUCCAUACCAUUAAUAAAUCUAAUGCUUCUGCUCUUGUUCAUGGAGAAUUUAAAUUGAUGGGUGGCUGCUGCUGUGAUGCAGUGGGAAGGAGGAAAUGAGCACAGUUCAGCUCUGGUGUUUUGACUAUAACACUGCCAGCAAGAGACAUUAAUUAGCUGAAGCAAAAUAUUCUAUUAAUAAUAUAAAAAACCCAAGUAUAAUUACAGCAGCAUCAUCUUUAUUCAUCUUUAUUAAUCUUACGUGGAAAAACUUCAGACAGAAAAACCACGCUCCUUACUUCCCCCUAGAAUCUUCUGCUCAAAGUGACAUUUCACAUCACUUCAGGAUAAAGUGAACUCUGCUUCAUCCCUCACAGAAUCCAUCGAAAGUGUUUUGUGCUACAAAGGUCACCUAAGGCAGAUGGACUUUGUGGCUCUCUUUCUGCCAGCUGUGCCUAGAACUCCCAUCUUCUAUAGGGCACUCUCUCUCAUCUUCCAGAGCCCAUCUUUUCCCUGAGACACGUGGAUUAAUCCCAUAAUCUUUACUGUAAUCAAGUUUCAGGUGUAAAUGCUCACAUUUCCUUCCUACAUGCUCACAUUUCCUUCCUACAUUUUCUCUUCCCUUCUCUUCCUUCUGUGGUAGGCCAUACAUUUCUUGAGAGCAAGUACCUGUCUUUUUGUUUAUGGAAUAAUCUUGAGUGCUAUGCGUGCUAAUGGGGGUGAAUUAUAAUGUAUGAGACAAGACAAGACUGUCUUGUCUGUGAGGUAUAAUUCAGAUGUUUAAAUUACCACAUCUAUCCCCUGUAACAUUUUGCUUUAAAGAAGCCACAAUUAGACUGGAGCAUGAGCGUAAUGAGUGAGGUGUAUAAAUGUUUUAAGUCAUCAGAAACUGAGGAAGUAGAAUUUAAGAUUAGAUGCCCCAAAGUAACAUUUUAGAGCUUGAUAUGAACAAUUUGUGCUGAGGGUAUUUUGCAGGAACAUGUGGCAAGUGGCCAUAGGUCAGUGGAAGAGCAUGUGGUUUGAAGCAGACAUUCCCAGGUUCAAGCCACUGGGAUUACACAACUGAAGGGAAGCACACUUUGAUCUCUGCCAUCGCCAUCUGAACAAGGGCCACUGGGAGACCGCACCCUCUGUAGUAUCACCCUCUGUAGUAUCAACUUUCUAACUAUACAAAGACUAAAGUUUCUCUAUCCAUUAGCUAGAGAAGAAGCAGCUGCAAACAGCUUGCUCUCCUCCCCCCCAUUUGCUAGAAAGAUCACACUGUUCCAACUUCCUGAAUUUGCUUGCUUUCCCUCUUCACUCUCCAUUCCAUUUUCUUUUUUGCAUCAUGUCUGUUAGUCCCUGCUUGCCGGCUACAAGCUGUCUUAUCUUUUUUAAAAAUAUCUGUACAGUGUUUAGAAAAAUGUUAGGCACUCUAUAAGUGUUAAAAUAAAAAUAGCAGCAGAGUUGGGAAUAUUUCUGCUGAGAGAAACAUUAGAGAGCUAUCAUUCUUCAAACUAGACAAACUCAGAGCUCAGAGCAGCCAAUGGUCUGACUCAGAAUAAUGUCUUAAGAUGGCGAUAAAUACAUAUUAGUUGCCCUACACAUUUCAGUAAAUCUCCUUUAGGGUCUUUCUGUAACAGGCAGACGACUGACAUAUGUACAGUACCUUUGUAACAAACACUCCAAAACUAUAGUGUUCCUAUCGAUACAUACAAAUAUAUUUAUAAAUAUUCCAAACAUUUUCUGGGCGAAUAUAUGUAACCAAUAUACAAGUUACAAAAAUGUGCACAAAAAUAUUAUUUAUUAACUUAGUCAUAAAAACAUGCAACACUUUAGAAACUUCAGCACAUGAAUGCCUACAGCUAUUUAAAAGCAGAUACACUUGCACAGAUAUCUGGACAAUAUAUUCUUCCAUAAUUCAAAUGCAGUAACAUGGGUAUCUUACCAAAAUCACAAAUUACAUAGUCUUUUGGCAAACAUAACAGAAAGAUCUAGGGCAUCAGAAAGUUUUCCAAUGCAAAUUCAGUCCCGUCCCCAUCCCCAAUGUGAAUUACCCUAAUUUCCAGGAAAUUUUUGAACUCAGAAUUUUCUGGCAAACUCAUUUCCCUCCCCCACCAAAUAGAGGGGGUUGUCAGCAAUGGGAUGUCCCUGGCUGGCAGUGGUCCUUAUUAAGACACUACCUUCCAAGCGCAUGAUUAGCCCUGCCAGAUUAGAGCAGCAUUAUCAGAGCAGCAUGAAGGUGGUUCAAGCCCUGGUGUUCAGAAAAAGCGAAAAAUGGGGUGAGGAGGGUUGCUUAGAAACCCAAUGAAUAUAGGACAAUAAAGCACCCCAAACUGAUGAUUAAGGAAUUCAAUACCUUUUAUCUAGCAGCUUAAGAAAAUAGAGUUGCAUAUGGAGGUGCUGCAAUAUGUUAUCUGACUACGUAUAUUCAUGAAUAAGUUUCUCUACAAAGUCGGAAAACUGACUUGUCUCUCACUGACUUCCUGAGAUCAAACAUGCUCAUAAACAUUCUGCAUUUAUUUCUUUUGUUAUAUAUGUAUAUUUCUAUAAAGAAGUAUGUGAUUGGAAAAGAGGAUGUGAAAACAAAACCUAGGGUGCAUCUGUAUAUUAGAAGAGAAUGUCGCCUAUAAAGCUGAAGUACAUUGUAUCUGUUGAACUGCAAUAUUUUCCAUGAUUUUUUAAAGUAAUAAUUUUUAUUGGUUUUUGCAAAACAAGCCAUAUUUUGUGAAUGCAAUAAUAAAGAAAAGGCUAUUUUGUGCUUUUAAAGUAUUGCCUGUGACUUAAUACAUUUAUAACUGAAAACAUCUGCAACUGAAUAUAUUUAUACAUCUAUUUUUGAGGGGGUUUCUUUUUUCCAAAGAGGCAGGCGGCAUCAUGCAAGUGACCUGCUGCUUUGCACAAAGUUCUUUGGAUCAAGGCCAUUGUGUUUAAAGGUGGGAUGGGGAAGCUUUGGCCUUCCAGAUUUUGUUUGAACAUCUGGACAGUCACAGGUUCUCCAUUCCUGAUUUAAAGAAUAUUUAAUACUUUGCAAAAACUAAAAACAGCAGGUCUCUAUCCAAUUGGCUCACACUGAAACCAGGCAGAGGCAAAGGAAGAGAACAUGUUGGUGGUGAACAAUAUGUGACUGUGCAGAAGGAGUUGUAAUUUGCUUAAGGCAGUGUGGAACGUUCUUAAAUCUGCAUGCUGCUAAAGUUGGUAAUUACUACUUUGCCUUUAAAAAAAUGAAGCAAAAUAUAGAAGGUAAAAAUUAAGGAGGCAAAGCAAAAAGGAUUGGUUUUUACAGGCUUUUUGAAAUAAGAAAGGAGGCAUAUAGGAUUUUAGCAGGAGGAACAUUCCGUGCAUACAAAGAAGCUAAAGAAAAGGGAAGAUGAAGAGAAACAGACCAAGCAAGAGACAUGAAAAAAUGAUGACUUGUAGCAAUAAGCAGGACAGAUAGGAUAGCUGUAGCUCCACAAGCCAAGUGUGCCUGCUCGGGGCCUGAUACGGAAAUAUUCUGCUUGUUUAAUCGCUUAAUGUCUGUCUGGUUCACUGGUGUCCUGUUCUGAGUAAGGAGGAGAUAGUGGCUUAAGGGAGCAGAUAAACCUGAGCCAUACUUAAAUCCCAAAAAUGCUGCAUUGUGAGGCAGAUGAUGAAUACACAGAGACUGGAAGUGUGGAUGGCAGGACUGAUGGUAGAAAUGGCAAGAGGAAGGGACUCCACCUGACCUAGCUUAUAGAUAACACUUGAGGAAAGUAAAAUGCUUAAUUCUCUCCCAGCAAUGGGAGAUGAAAGGGGGGAAGGAUUAAACGAGUGGAAGACGCAAACAUUUUAAGGGUCACAUUCAGAAGAUAGACUUAACAGUUACCGUAUUUUUUGCUCUAUAAGACUCACUUUUUCCCUCCUAAAAAGUAAGGGGAAAUGUGUGUGCAUCUUAUGGAGCGAAUGCAGGCUGCGCAGCUUUCCCAGAAGCCAGAACAGCAAGAGGGAUCACUGCUUUCACUGCUCAGCGAUCCCUCUUGCUGUUCUGGCUUCUGGGAUUCAGAAUAUUUUUUUUCUUGUUUUCCUCCUCCCAAAACUAGGUGCAUCUUGUGGUCUGGUGCGUCUUAUAGAGCGAAAAAUACGGUAUAUUUUUAAAGGACAGGGUAUUAGCAAAUGCUUCAGAAAGUCAGUAUGAACAAUUGGCAAGCCAGGGAUGAUAUGCUGCACUUAAAUCCACUGGGUAUUCUAGUCUCAAAGAAUGAAUUGUGGUUCUUUGGGAUUCCAUUACUGUGGUCUUAGAUAGAUGUGGUCUGUGAAGCAUGGCUGCAGAUCUGCCUUGGUUGACAAUCAGGGACCUCUGAUAUUCUGCAUCUUAGGGAUCUCUUGGAUAAUGUGCACUUUUCCUGUCCAAGUAUUGCACCCUCUCCACUGGAGCCACAGAUGCUCAGAAGUACCAGUUUACCUUCAAGGAUUAUUUAUUUGUGUUUCUGCAUCUUUCUGUCAGCAGAAAUAAGUUUUAUAAGCAAACAAAGCAGCUUAUGGUAUACUUCCUGGAAACUGCAAAAUAUGCGUGCACAGAAAGUUACAUAGUUUACAGCCUGAUGCAUCACAGCAUCCAAGAAGUUAUGGAAAGUCCCCUUGUACAGAAGCCAGUAAGACCUGGCCGAAACUGGAAGUCUUCAGACUGAAGGAAGCUGACACUAAGUAGGACUAUUGGUCCAUCUUGCUCAGUAUUAUGUAUUCUGACAGAGCCAGUGGCCCUCGGGAUUUCAGACAUGGUUCUCUCUGAGCCCUACCUGGAGAUGCCUGGGAUUGCACCUGGGGCCUAGAAGCUUUUCCACUGAGCUAUGGCUCUUCCCCAACCUGAACCCCGUAAGGGAAGCUGAAAGGCAGCCAUUAUGUACAGGCUGGAGACCCCACUUUGAAGGUCACUCUUUGUAUUCAUCAUAGCAUGUGCUCUCAGAUGACUAGCCAGUGGUUUCUGUACAAGGGGAUUUCCUGAUAUAUCAGGCUGUGAGUUAUGCAACAUUUUGUGCACUCAUGUUUCCAGGAACUAUGACAUGCAUAGCUUUAUAUAAGAAGAGAUACAUUUUCCCAUUUCCAGGGUGGUGUUUUACAAAGAAUUCCUGUCAGCACUGGGAUUUCCACUUGGGCAGCAGGACUUUCUCUAUCUCUCCAGCCCUUGCUCUUUUAUAGAGGCCUGGGGAAACCUGAGGGGCAGGAGAGGAGGGAAACAUUCCAUUACACAAGAAGAAAUCCUUGCACUAACAGAACACUCGCCUUAGGGCUACAUUGUAUUUCAUCCAAAACUUGGAUGGGAAGAAUGAUUGCCUGUCAUACAAAACAAUGCCUUAACAGAGUAUGUGAGUGUGACUCCGCUAUUACAAAUUUGCAUAAUAUAUUUCUGUUCUGGAGGUUCAUUGCUAUUCUUGUUACUAAUAAAAAAAAAAGUAGCUGCACUUGUUAACAAAAGAUCAAACAGCGUCGCCAACUUGUACAGUGCUCCUUUUCUGUCUAACAACAAUAUUUUGAAAAGCUAUUGCUGAAGACAAAGGCUAAGGUCCUUGCUUUUGUUCUUUUUAAUCUUUUUCUGGCUUUAAAAAAAAUAUAUAAUUGCUAUAAUUGACUUUCAGUGAAUUAAUGUCUACAUUUUGUCUGUUUCUUUUUUGAAGUGCUGGAAAGAAAGAUAUCAACAAGGCAAAGCAGAGAGGAGUUGAUAAGAAGGGGUGUCCUGAAGGAAAUAACUGAACAAGGUGAUGGCAGUUAAUAUAGGCAGCUGCUAAUAACUUUUGUAUGCCAUUUAAAUGAUUAGCAUUAUUUUUCUGUUGCUACUAUCAUUGUUUUGAAACUCUGUGACAUGACUGAUACAGCAGGCAGGGACACAUCCUUUCAAGCCAGACUCAUAACCUGCUUGUGAUAAAACCCCUGGGUCUUCUGUUAUAAGCACAAACCAUAAUUCAGUCUGUCAUUUGUGUCUCAUUGUUUGGGAAAGUGAACUGAAUAGCAAGGUAUAUUCAGGAGAGAACAUGGGAGCAUACUUGAAUCCAAGUAUUCGUGUCAGGUGGCAGGGGUGGGGGGGAGCCUGCCAUGCAUCUAAGUGUUGUGCUGUUGAGUCUAGAUGUCAAGGGAAGGAAGACAUGCUUCAAAGACUGCUUGGAAUGCCCUAAAGAGGGUGUCAAGUACUCCCAGCAAAACUGUUGAUACCAUAAUAAUUCUGCUACAGAAAUCUAUGGGGCGACCACACUUGAAAUGCUGUGUAUAGUUCUGGUCGCCACACCUCUCAAAAGAUAUAGAGCUGGAAGAGGUGCAGGAAAGAGCAACCAAAAUGAUCAAAAGGAUGAAGCAACUCCUCUAUGAGGCAAUGUUACAACAUGUUGGGGCCUUUUAUUUUGGGGAAAGGUGUUGUGUGCACAGUGGCUUGCUCAGGUUGACUAGGAAGAGCUAAAUAUUAGGUGACAAUUAGUGUUCUGGUAAUGUAAGUACAGUGGUACCUCGGGUUACAGACGCUUCAGGUUACAGACUCUCCUAACCCAGAAAUAGUACCUCGGGUUAAGAAAUUUACCUCAGGAUGAGAACAGAAAUCACGCAGCGGCAGCGGGAGGCCCCAUUAGCGAAAGUGGUACCUCAGGUUAAGAACAGUUUCAGAUUAAGAACGGACCUCCGGAACGAAUUAAGUUCUUAACCCGAGGUACCACUGUAUUCUAGGCAUUCAAGUGCUUGUUAAUGUAGAUUCCUUCCUCCCUUCCUCCCUUUCCAAUAUAGCUUCAUCACAUUUUAUGUACAUCAAGCGUGCGGCUCAUUGCUGUAUGCUGCAACCCUGUAAAUGGGAAGCGCUUACAUACAUUGUCAGUAUAAGGCAAUAACUUUGUUAUCAUUUAUUUCAGAUGGAGAGAUAACAGUAAAUUAUGAAACCUCAAACGGCCACACGAUAGUAAUCACUGAAGAAGCCAUACAGGGAGAAAAUGUCACGAAGACCGCAGAAGAGAAUAGCUCCACAUCAGCAAAAGCACCACCAGCUACAGAAGAGAGAAAAGAUGGCAAAAAGGGUAAUUUAAAAUGCAACUCAUCUGGAUUGAUUUCUCAUUUUAAAAACAUGAGUAGAUAAUUUAUGUAAACAGUUAUACUGAAAAUGACUGCCUAUAGCAACAAGGAAGCCAAUGUAGAGAUAGGCUUUGCAGAAACAAGACGGCAGUUAAUAUUUUUAAGUGGCAUCUUUUCAAUCAGAAAUACAAAUUUCAAAUGGAACAUAAAGUUGGUCUCGUUGGAAGUGGAGGAAAAGGUGGUAGGUCUGGAAGAGGAGCAGAUUUUUAUUUGUUUUACCAGACAUGAAUGGAACCUUGUCUGUGGCUUAAGGAGAGGCAAUUAGAAUUGCACGAGAAGGCCAUUCACUGAAUCUUAGCUUAACCUCCAUCCCAAAGUUGUGAGGCUAACAUUAGAGCAGGUGUGGUGUGGGGGGCUUGUGUACCACCCUGAGCUCCUUCAAAGAAGGGCAGGAUGUACAUCAUACAAAAGCAUUUAUAUAACUUUUUCUGCUUGUUUUUUAACUAAACUUCCUGCGUGUGUAGAAUGGAACAGUUACAGACUACAAGAUGAUGGUGAACAAAUAUUAGUUCUAUUUUAACAGAAGCUCACCACCACCACCAAAAGUUGAUUUAUGAACUUUUUCUACAAAGGAAUAUACACAAUACACUAAUGGAAACAUCUUUUUUUUAAGUGGGUGCCCUGCUGUUCUAUAGCUGGCACUACAAGUACUGUGCAUGCCACCAGGUUGUUAUUUGCUUUCUAUGUGAGAAAAUCAGUAAGAACAUAAGAACAGCUGUUCAGGAUCAGGCAAAAAAGUCCAUCCUUACUGGCACUCUGAUUUUCCUCAGUGGUGGACCAGAAGUCUGCAAGCAGAAAGUGAAGAUGCUAGCCAUCUUGUGAUGUUUGCCUCUAUCAACUAGUAUUCAGAGAAAUACUGCUGCUGGACAUGAAGGCUGUAUUUAGCUUACGAUUUAUUACAAUUAAUGGAACUUCGCUUCAUGUAGUCUUGGGGCCAAAUGACAAAGAAACAUCAAAAACUCCUGACAUUUCUGAUUGUAGUCUGACAGAAGACAGGAGGCUUCAAUUUUGAUUGGAGCAAUGGGUUACCUGUAUAUUUUUCACAACAAGGCAUAUUGAAGAUUCUGGAAUGCUGUUAGUCUGAUCAAAAUUAGAGCCUCCCUUCCACCAGUCAUUUAACUCAAUACAGAGAAAUCAGGAGAUCCAACCAUGAUGUCUUUCCAUGGGCAAAUGUUCUGCAUUUUUGAGGGAUAACUCCAGAUACUUGAGAGAUCCAUCGGACAAGUAAUACUCAUUCAAAUAAUUCCUAAAUCUUGCAGAGGGAAAGAAGGCAGUGAUUGCUUAUUUACAUGCAUUGCUGCAUCUAACUGUUUACCAUGACUGGUGUAUUUCAUAGCUUCAAGCACUUCAUAGCAGAAAUAGAAUAUUUCUGGUAAUCACAACAUUGUUUUCUCAAAUAUAAUAGUCAUGAAUAGUCAGUACCCAUUUUCCAUAAAAGCUGCUGUGAUCAAAGAUGGUACACUUCUGAAUACCAAAUCCUGGUAAAAAAUCUAGGGGAGAAAGUCAUUGCUUCCAUGCCCUGCUUGUAGCCCUCCCAGAGAAAUUUGCUUGUUGCCAUAGGUAACAGUGCUGGACUGUACUGAAGUUUAGGUCUGACCCCGCAAGGCAGUUUUAAACAUUUUUAACCAUACAUUUCCAUGGAUGAAGAAACAUGACAGAUUUCUCUUUGACGGUACAUAUUCAAGAUAACUACAGACAACAGUAUAUCACCUCCCUGUUGUACCUGCAGUCAGGGUAACAGAAGGGGUGAUUAAAUUUUUUUCUAUGCAUGCUAAUAGGUGCAUCCUAAUAAACAUUGGUGAUUUAUGAAUACAGGGGAAAAGUUUGGUGGCAAUUCCAGAUUAAUUGAUAAAGUAUGUGAUCGUGUACAUAUGUGCAUUUAUGAGGUCUUGUUGCUCAUCUGUAUCUUAUCGUUAUGAAGGAGCUCCUUGCAGUCUCACUGAAAUGAAUGACGGCUGUGCCUGAAAUCUUAAAAGGCAAAUGCUGUGUGUCAAACAAAACUAGCAGCCUAAUCCAGGAUUCUUUCUAGCCAUGUGAAAUAAGAAACAAGUGCAAUUCCUACAAAAAAAUGUUGCUAGCUACAAAUAGAGUGUAUUCUCCUGAGAAUACAUCAAAAGACAAGUGACCUUUCACAUGAUAUAUGCAUGAAGAUGGGUGGUUUUUUUUCACUUGGUCUGUGUUGUAGCAGAUAGGUUUAUGUGCCCUUUGCCUGCUUGAGGUUUUUGAGUUUGUUUGUUUUAACCUUUUCUCUAUAAAUACAAAGUAUUAAAACUACUCCUACUCAACCCGGGUCUGCAAUGCUGCUCAUGGUUCUUCUGUGCUCACGAUUAUAUUGAUCUCGGCCCAUAUUCAUCUCAGUAGGACUUAAAUAUACAUAACUAGUGGUGGAAUUGUAUAUCUGAUUUCUUUUCAUGUUCAGGAAUGGGACUUUUAAAAAGAACAGAAAAUGAGCAGAACUGUAAUAAUGAAAUGCUGAAUGCCUUGAUGAUUAGGCCAUGGUAGACUGGUACACUGAGCACAGAAAGAGUUAAGAGUGUUUUUGGAAGCAAAGCUGUUCCUGAUAAACAAUUCUAGAAAUGUUAAAUGCUUCCGAAGUUUGUCGCCUUGCAGAUGCUUUCUACAUUUUGAGUAUUGCUAUUAGUAAUAAUGAUGGGGUGUCAACCCUCCAAGAGGCAUGUUUAGAACUUCUCUUGUACCAAAAUAAUAAGAACAUGCUGACAGGUUUUCAUCUGCUUGUAUUUUGGGUAAAUGAUUAUUGAGUGCAUGCUGUAUAAGUGAUCUUGCCCUAAAUCUUUUAUAAAUCUGUCAUAUGCUUUAGGAAAUACCAUGUUCUCAAAAGAAGAAAAAGAAAUAAACACUAAAAUUACCCAGCAUGUAUCAAGCAACACUGAGUAUAAAUGAUUUCUGUCCUACACAGAUGUUGUAAUAGCUGAGCACAUACCAUUUUAGAAUUGUAAUUUGGCUUAGAACUGGUAGCAGAAGAGCUAGUUAAUUUAGGGGGUUACCAAUGAUAAUGUGAGAGGGGAACUUGAGUCAAAAAGUAACAAAAUUGGCAUGAUUCCAUACCAUGCUUACAUACUACUAACUAGGUGAGCCAGCAGGGUUUUCUGGGCCCAGUCCACUGUAUGUGGACUGGGCCCUCUGACCCACAUGCAGAAAGGACACAGAUUUGCAUCAAAUUUUCAUAUGCUUUGUCUAAUAUGUAAAUUUUACAAGUGAAGCAGAGUCCAAAAAUAAAUCAGCGGCCACACAUAUAAUAAAAUAUCUGACAGACAGAAUGUGAACAAGUGAAGCUUUCCCCAUAAAUGUAUUUCUAUACUACAAGAGGUUUAACUUGUUUAAUUUCUGCCUUCCACACAGCUGUUAAAUGCACAAGAACCCUGCUUUCCUCAAUGCUACCCCUAAACCAAAUUCUAGACUGCAAUCCUAUACCCACUUACCUGGGAGUAAUCCCCAUUAAACACAAAUAAACUUACUUCUGAGUAGACAUUCCUCAUCUCUCAGACUAAUCAACAACCCAUGACCUUUAAACUAGAGGGACUGUUGUUUUUGUUUGUUAAUAUGGUAUAUAUUUUUGUAGUUUUGCAUUGCAAACUGCUCUGUGAGCCUGAGGUUGGCUAGCUGAGUCGGUAGAGCAUGAGAGUCUUAAUCCCAGGGUUGUGGGUUUGAGCCCACUUUGAGUAAAAGAUUCCUGCAUCACAGGGGGUUGGACUAGAUGAUCCUCAUGCUCCCUUCCAACUCUACAAUUUUAUGAUUCUAUGAUCCUCAGAAGAAGGGCAGUAUAGAAAUCUAAUUAAUAUUAAUAAGUGAACUAUACAGUGAAUUAUUAAUGAGUGCCAGGACUUUAGCGCAUGCAGGGAAAACUACCUAAGCCUCUGCAGAGUUUUUACAUUUGCCUUUUUUGGGGGGGAGGGGGAUUCUUCAACAUCCACCUAUACUUACUGUGUGUUGGUAUUUGCAGAAAAGAGCUGCUAGGAGCUACCUGAUCUCAGACAGACCCAUCACAAGAAUGAGGCAUCCUGGUUGCUAGGGGGAAAGGAAAGGCAAACUGGAGAUUCCAAGGAGUAGUAGAUGAAACAGAAGCUGGAAAAGUGUACUAAAGAGGAGGGGAGAACAACAGCUCCUUAGGAUCCUAGAGAUUCCUGUUGCCCAGUGUCAAUUACAGCUGUUACUUCACUCAUUGAACAUUGAAAGGCAGGAGCAGCAAGGCUGCCUCAUCUCAAAGAAGUCACUUAGAAGGGUACCUGCAUAUUUACUUCAUAACUUACUUUCUAGGAGAGCUAGAGACCCUUGCUUUUAAAAUGAAAACUCAGAGUCUGGGGUUCCUGCUAGCUGUGAUCUUGUUAUAUCAGUAACCCCUGUACCUGUCUCUUGGCAGCCCUGGUCACAUGUGACACACACAACUGUAUUUACUUGUCUCACAUACUGUUGGUUUUUACAUACUAAUUAUUUCUAAUAAUAACGCUGUUUAUCUCUUGAGAAUGGGGUAGAGAUCCAAAUAUGGUCUGGUGAAUUGGAAUAAAUUGAGCUUUGGUUGCUUGAGAAGUAUCUCUGAAAUGAUUGUAAUGACACUAUCCUCCUUCAGUGGAAACUGAAUUAUUUUUUAAAAGCUGUUCCCUUGUUUCUGCAUUUUGAGAGCCUCUCUGGGCCGCACGAUAGACCUGGGAGAUGUACUAGACAGACUUGAUGUAAUUUGGCUGCAAUUCCUUUCUUUAAAAAAAUAAAUAAAUCAGAAAUGUUGCUGAUUCUCAAGAGGUGGAGCAGUUUGGAGAGAUGUGUUUGUUUCUUUGUUUGUUUGGCAUCCUGCCAGUUGUCGUCUGUUUGUCAGUUGCUUUCUGUUCACUUUCUCAUCCAUAGAGAAACCUCUUCCUAAAGGUUCCGAAACAUCGGCACCCCGUGCCCCCCCACCGCCACCUCCUAAAUCUAAGCCUAAAGCUAAAAAAGCAACCAUACCUCCAAAAAAUGCUACUGCUGCUGCCACUAGCCAUAAGACUAACGAAGUGCCACAUGCUAAAAAAAAGGGCAAGGCUCCUGCCAAGCAGGCCUCUGCACCGCCUGCCAAGCUAACAAGCCACGGUGCAAACCGAGAAGCUGGUGAGUAACACACAGGUUGGUCGUUCCGUAAUGCAUGCUCUGGGUAUUAACAUACGGGUGCCCAACUUUGGAUUUGUGGAGCUUACUGCUUGCUUUCGAUGUCAGAAAUACUAAUACAGUGUGUGUCUUGUCAGUAGCUAACUCUUCACUGACUUUGUUUUCUAAUGCACUCUACUGCCGAAUAAAUGCCACUGGCUAUUGCUUCCUUGCCACAGCCACUGGCAUUAAAAGUACAGGGAGCAGCAGCUUCCAGACAUUAGCAUGCAUUCAGCUGAACAAGCGCUACAACGUCAUGGAAACAGGCAGAUGACAGUCGUUGGCUUUGCAUCUGAUGAUAAUAAGACUUGGGUGUUGUAAUGCAUGGCUGGGCAACACACAGCCCCGUGUAGAGCAAACUUCGUGGUUAUCAUGCUCUGUUAUUAAAAUUUUGAAAAUUGUUGGUUAGAAUAAAUGUACAUUUCUAGCCCUCCUGCAUAGCGAUUUGAAAACAAAAGAACAAAAAACCAAAAGAAACCCCCGCAAAGGAUUGGUCAGUAUUGACAGCUAAAUCAAGAAUAUAUGAUGAAGCCAAGGGUUGUGGGGUUAAUGACUGCAUAUCGCCUUUAUAAUGACCACUACCAAAAUGCCAUUGGUGGAUAUAGCUGUGUACACAUGUAGCCUUUAAAAUGCCCAGCGGUUGUUUUUCCAAAGUGUGCUUUUGUAAACAGCAACUGGUAAUUGUACACCCCUUCAUGCGAUGGCAUCAUUUUCUCAUUCUUUCCAAAGAGGGGCUAAAAACUGGUGCAUUGUUGAUGUCCUGAUAUACAGAGGAUAUAUAUUGGAAGUAGCAAGUGACAACCAAGUUGCUGUACUGCUUCCAAGUUUGAUUAUUUGAUUCCUGGACAAGUUAAACGUGGUGAGGGCGAGAGGCACAGAGAUCAGUAGGUGUGCUCCCAGUAGGAAGUGACCUGAAAAGCAACUCUCUCUGUACUCGAGAAGUGCAUUCUCAUCACAAACCGGGUUGUUACCAUUCCUGCAGAAUGUACUUUAGAUCAACAGAUGGUUGGACAGGGACAACAUGGGGAUGGCAUUGUGUGUAUAGCACCCUAAAAAGGCGCCUACAUCCAAUGCCAAAUGCAUACUGCCAUGCACUGUGUACACAUUCAGUGGUAUCCCCCUCCCUCGAAACUGCUUCCUUCAAAUGGGGGGCGGGGGACAAACACAGUUUAGCAUCUGAAAGUCUUUAUAAAAGGACUUGGAAAUCAUGCAGCUUAAGACACAGUGAAGACUAGAUUCUCUUUACUUGCUUCAAUUCUGAUUUCCUCCCUCUCCCAAUAUUUCAAAAAUACCUUAGCAAUAAUGAGUUUGUGAAACCUUUUCUAACAUUAAGUUUCCAAGGAUGGCAGAUAACAUUGAAAAAGCCUGUGAAAUGCAGAGGCAAAUUACCCACGCCUGAUCUUAGAGGCACAGUAACAGGCAGCAUGUGAUUAGCAUUUUGUUUCAGCAGUAGCAGGGAUUUGAGCUGCUCGUGGCACCCCAGGAAUGCAGUACUUUACAUCAGAUCUGAAAGUGUUGGGUGGUGUGCUUAGGGAGUUUAUUGGUUUUGUUAUCAGUUGUAAAAAGAAAGAAAGGGGACUUCUAAAAACAAGCAAAAAGAAGUCCAACCAUUCUUACCAGAGGAUGUGUGAGAUGAAAUUUUCCCACUGUUCUUCCAUCUCCCAGUGAGCUGAUGAUUGAUCCCAAUCCGUUUUUUUAUGGCUAAGCAAGCUGUGUAAUCUUGCAUAAAUUCAUACCCCUGGCCUUCUAUGCUGCGAACUGCCCUGAGAUCUUCAGAUGAAGGGCAGUACAUAAAUUUAAUAAAUAAAAAUAAUAACUACAUCUAAGUAUUCCAACAUUAUCAAUGUUAGCAGGCAUCAAUCCAUUGUUUCAUAUUCCGAUUAAGCAAGAACUCUCAUUAGCCUUGGCUACAGCUAAUUUUGGUACCCGUGGAAGUGUUUGCGUGUCAUGGCAAGCCUUAAAAGAGGACUUGCUGUGCAUGAGACAGUUACAUCCACUUUGCCCCUCGCUGCUUGUGCUGGGGAGAACAAAAUCAGUGUUGCCUCUGAACAAAGGAUUGUGGUUUGGUUUGCUCCAAGCCAUGGAGCAUGAUUGAUGACAAGCCAUGAUUGAUGACUAGCCAAGGUUUCCUUUUGGCUUACUAAUCAUUACUCACCUUUUGGGAAAGGUUCAUAGCUCGAUAGUAGAGCAUCUGCUUUGCAUGUAGAAGGUCCCAGGGAAGAGUCUUGCCUGAACCCCUGGAGUGCUUCUGCCUGUCAGUAUAGACAAUACUGAACUAGAUGGACCAACAAUAUGAAUCAGUGAAAGGCACCUUCCUACGUUUAUAUCCCUGGUUUGGAUGUAACACUAAGCCAAGGAUCUGGUGUUUUUUAACCUCCAUGCACUCAUGGGGAAGAGCAAAGCAUUCAUGCAAGGUGUAAUCAUGGUAAAUAAUCAACUAUAGUUUACUAUGGUGUGCAAACUGGGCUAAUAUAAUGCUUAAAGCUGGUACAAGAUGGGCAGGGGAAGGAAAAAAGGACAUGAACCAGCAGUCAGAUCUCUUGUUUAACUACUGUCAAAUGUGUCCCCUAGCUCUGUAAAUAAUUAUGUGCUUAUUACACUUUAGAGUUGCCAAUACUGCUCGUUUAGCUUCAGAUUUUCCAGUAAUAGGGUAGAACCCCAUUGCAGAAACGUAACGUAUGUUGACCACAAAAAAAAGUGUUUAGGAAACCAUUUCUGCAAUGAUGACAUGUAUGUUCUCUCCCAUUUCAGCUAGUUCCUCGCACGUAAAAAAAGUGCACACUUCCAAGGCAUCGUCGUCAUCUCCCUCAUCCACAUCAUCUCGCCCUAAAACCUCUAAAGAGCCAACGUCAAGCAAAACAGGCACAGGGACACCCAGAGACAAGAAGAAGCAUGGAAAGCAGGUGACCGUUAGGACAUCUGCUGAUGGGGACGUUUCUUCCACCUCAAACACAGCAGUAGGCAACUCAGAAGCAAAGGUGGAAAACUCUAAACCAGAAGAGCCUCUCUCUGUUAUUUCUGAAGCUAGAGACACAACGCAGCCAAGCACAGCUACUGUUCCUCCCCCUCCUGCUGUUCCGCCACCACCCCCUCCUCCCUUCAUCCCAUCUCUGUAUCCAGGCUCUCAGCCCCCUGGUUUCUCAGACACACAAGAUGUGCCAGUUAGCACUGAAAUAGCUCCGUCUGUCCCUGGCACAGAUUCUAACGAUCUUCACAUGAAAACUGAAGCAGAUAGUGAAAGCUCUUCAAGCAGUGCUGUCCUAGACAAUAGCCUGGAUACUGAGGGAGAAGACACAGAAUGGUAAGACCACAUGCUCUCAGGUAGCUAAUGAUAACUUGGAGCAACAUUGCAGUAGUAUUUAGGGAGAUGGUGGAGUGAUUUAAAUAGGCUUUCCUAUACCUAAAGUUUGAACUAUGCUUUGAAACUUAGAAAGGUUUUGCUAAUUUUCUCUCUCUUUCUUUAAUUAUAUUUUCAUAACCACAAGCAGAAGUGAAAGAGAGGGAGCCAGGAUUUUAUGCAAUUCAUUUAUUUAAAAAAAAUACACAAGAAACUUUCAAAACAAAAGCUUUAGCAAAAUUGCCAAGCAUACAAAAUAACUUGGUUAGACUGCUUUGAGUUUCAAAUAUAUAUUUGAAAGUUUGCAAAUAGGGCUCCAAAAUUACAGCUCACCAUUUAUUUGGAGAUAUGUUAUUCAUAUUGUUUGUUCAUUCAUAAGAGUUGUUAAAAAAAAUUUCAUGGUUCUGGUUGAGUGAAUAUAUCAUGAGGCUCAGAGUUCUGUUUUAGAAUGACUUCAUUGUUCCAACAUGGUGUAGUAUGGUAGACAUGGCCCCAUUUCUGAGGCUGACUGCAUUUAAGGAGCUGUCCUUGGUAAUGCUUCUAUCCAGUAGCAAGCCGUGCUUCUUGAAAACAGCUUUGCUUUGCCUUGUUUGCUGAAACCUGGUAUUGGGAUCUUGCAUUUUGCCUGGUGCUCUGCUGUGCAACAAUGAAAGAAAUGAAUAUUCCUUUAGAAAGGAACAUGGCACAGCUUACCCCUUUUCUAAUCUAAAGCUCUUUCUAUUUAUCUGUGAUAUAUAUAUAUAUAUAUAUAUAUAUAUAUUCCAGAUCUUGCAUAAAUAAAGCUCUCAUUAUGUACUUAAAAUCAAUUCCACAGCAUAAGGCCAUGAUGCCAUUUAGAAACUAAUCAAGUAUUUCACCCAGAAAAAUACUUUCCCCUGGAGUGAUUAUAGAACCAUAGAACUGUAGAGUUGGAAGGAGACCCAAGGGUCAUCUAGUCCAGCCUCCUGCAGUGCAAGAAUCUCAACUAAAGCAUCCAUGCUAGAUGGCCACCCAAAGUCUGCUUAAAAACUUUCAAUGAAAGAAAGUUCACCAAAACAUGGAGCUCACAAGCUCUCUCUUUUCCUUCAGUUUUCUCACUGACUGCUAGGUUUGCAGCAAACCAUAGGCUGCUAUUGUAUCCAAACCAGGCAAACUGGGAACACACUACAGUUUGCCUUUAAACCAGAAUUGGAAGCCACAUUCAAACCAGGGGUGGCUUGCAUGGCCCAAAGGAUGGAGAAACCAUUAUUUGGCAUUAUCCUCCUUUCUCCAUUUGUAACACCAAGCAGAAGUCUUGGUUCAUGAUAGAUUCUAGCCUAAUCUACAUAGUGUUGUUUUAUUAUCUCCCCCUUCUGUGUGCUUUGUAGAAACAACUCAUUUUUAGGUUUAAGUUCUGGUUACUGUUUUCUAAAAGUCUGCUGGCUUGACAUAGUGUCCUGGCUUGUGCCAUGGUCUGUUUAGAUUAACUGUGAUUUAUUUGUAUGUUUGAACCCACAUCAGCCAGUGGUUUGUGGCCAACAAAGCAGAAUGUGAAACCAAGGCUUGAAGUUGGUUUAUGAAUCUCAGCUUGCAUCAACCAUGGUUUUUUGUUGUGUCCAAAUCCAAUAUCCUGUUUAAUUCUUACAUAGUUCUAGAAAUGCAAAGCAAAAGCAGCUAUAAAAUUAAACAUAAUGCAAAACAAGGCACAGUUACUCUGCUGAUCAACAUACUACAGUUAAAACAAGCUGGGACUUAGUGUUAUGUCUGAACACAGCCUUUUCCUAAGGUUUGCACGCAUGUAAACAGCCUCAGUGUCAUGUUUCUGUAGUGUUUGUGUCACGUACUACAGGUUUUUUUUUCCUCCCCUGUGGAUCUGCAGUUCUGUUACCAAAGAAGAUCAGGAAAAAGAGAGCCCUGACCAACCAAGUCCUGCCCCAACAGAUGAACCUUCUGAAGCCCUAAACACUCCAGAAAGUGAGAGCUACAAAGAGAAUCACACCAGUGACUCUGAUUCAGAUGGGCCAAUACUCUACACAGAUGAUGAUGAUGAAGAUGAUGAUGAUGGUAGUGAAAGUAAGCCAUUAAGCCAUGUUUACACGGGGGAGGGAAACAUACUUGUUGAGCAGAGAAUUCUACCGCCUUGUCAGAAGAGUCAACUUCCACUUUAUUUGGGAUCCUCCAUCAAGUCAAACCCUUACCCAGACAAACGUCUACGUAGUUAAGGAAUACCACCUUGCUUACUUCAGUUGUUGGAACUGCAGAGGUGAUGGCACACUACCUGUUGCAGCAGGGUGUAUGUGCAGGUGCAUGAACCUUACAGUGUAGCACACUAUUAUACUGUGAUCGCAGGUUGAGGGACUGCGCUGAUAGAGACUGACUUGCAGCAGUCUUGCAUUGUAGCAUACUGCUAAUGUUGAAGGUCAGAAAUGUGGGGUGGGGAAGCUGGUUUAGAUUCCCAGACAAAAGUCCUCCAGAUCUCUCUCAGGUUUCAGCAAAGAUGUGUCUGCUGAAAUUGCUCCCUUGGACCUCCUCCCAGGUCAAAUUAGAUACUCCAUUUUAUACAGAAGUCUCAUGUUCUGUGAACUUUCAUGCAGUCUAAUUGCAGUUUUACACAUUUUUUAAAAAGAUUUUUUUUAAUGAGCAUGAAGAAAGACAUGCCUGUGUGAGACAGUUGUAGUCAUUGCCGCCUUCAUUUCCCCCAAAUGUAUCUGGGCUCAGAUAUGUGGGCCAGAGGCAUUUGGGGAAAGUUAACAUUGUGGUGGCUGCAACUUCUUGGCCUAACACUUCUCUCUUCGGUACCAGGCUGCUUGGCAGCCCCUGUUUUUGCUGCCCUCCUGCAAGUUCAUGGGCAGAAGCAACAAGAUGGUGCAGGAGGCUAGAGCAGAGGACACUCAAACUAGGUGCUGGCCCAGAAUAGGCACCCAAAUUAAAGUUUUUUCCACAUACAGUGGUGCCUCGCAAGACGAAAUUAAUCCGUUCCGCGAGAGUCUUCGUCUAGCGGUUUUUUAGUCUUGCGAAGCAAGCCCAUUGACGGAUUAGCGCUAUUAGCGCUAUUAGCGGUUUAGCGGCUAUUAAAGGCUUAAAGGCUUAGGGGAUUAGCUGCUAAAAGGCUAUUAAAGGCUAUUAAAGGCUUAGCAGAUUAGAUAAAGGGGGAAAGCGAAAAAAAUCUCAAGACUCGCAAGGUAUUUUCGUCUUGCGAAGCAAGCCCAUAGGGGAAUUCGUCCUGCGAAGCAACUUCAAAACGGAAAACCCUUUCGUCUAGCGGUUUUUCCGUCUUGCGAGGCAUUCGUCUUGCGGGGCACCACUGUAUAGGUCAUUUUGGUACCAGGUUAAUAUGCCUGGGCCUUUAUUUGCUCUUAGUGGUAUCUGAGAUUCCUAUUAAUUGCCUUUUCCUAAUGCUGUACUUGCUGGUGUCCUGUCUAUUUUACAUUGUUAUUAUUUGUGUAUUGUAUCCUGUAUUUUAGUAUUAUCCUAGAAGACUCUUAGUAUUAUCCUAGAAGACUAUUUUGGCAAAGGAUGGGCAUAAAUAUAUCUUAAAUAAUAAAUUACGUAUACGUGCCACUUAAAUAAAUCAAUGUACAUAGGGGUCAAAGGGUUUUGAUUUGUUCCAUUUGUUUUUUGAGUACAUAUUAUCAUCAUCCAGAAACUUGUUGUUCUGGAUUUGUCUGAGACCACUAAAAUAACUUUUUUAAAAACAAACAGUGUGAUAAAUAUAUAAUAAUAAAUGCAUGCUAUAAAUUUGUUUAGAAAUAAUUGCUUGUUGAUUAUUGUUGAAGACAAUAUUUUAAAAAAAUGCAAAUGCAUUAAUGAGAGAACUGAAACUGCAUUCUUACUAUGCAGCAAGUUGCUAAAGCUGAGAUUUUAUAUCAAGUUCUUUCAUAGGCACUGGGGAAAGUUUGUGAACUUUCUGACUGCACCCUAGCAGGCAGGUUGUUAUUUUCUAAGUUAUUCAAAUUCUUGUGGGCAUGAAGUAAGUCAAAAGUAUUUUGCUUCAGAUGCUAAUUAAAUUUCCUCCAUUGAAAGAACGUAAAGAUAGAAAGUGUCCACGCGUUGCAUUAAAAAGCUUUUUGCUGGGAUUUGGCAUGUUUAAGCCCAAAUAUGAAUGAAUCAAUGAACCUCUCCCUCCCUUUAUCCUCUUCUUCCAUUCCAUCCCAGGCUCUUUAGCAAGCAAAAUACGCCGUAGGGAUACUCUUGCAAUCAAACUUGGCAACAGGCCAUCGAAAAAAGAACUGGAAGACAAAAACAUCUUGCCGAGAACAUCUGAAGAGGAGAGGCAGGAAAUCAGACAUCAGAUUGGCACAAAGCUAGUGAGGUAUCGGUUGUCAUCUGAGCACAUUUUGGGGGGUGGGAAAAGAGAAUGGAGGCAGGUCUGGGGUCUGACCCAGAUGUUUUCCUGUUCUGUGAGCUGAGGCAUGUCCUAACAUUAUAAAAUAAAUCACACUUCAUAAUUAUGAACCCACUACAGCUAUGACACUUGAUCUGACUUUAUUUGUUUUCAGUUGAAGGAAUUUGCUAUUGUUCAACACUUCCCCACACAAAGCCGCAACAAAAAUAAUACAGCUGUUGAUCACUGAUAUCUUGGUCGCAUUCCCAUCCUGCUUAUUCAUGUGUUUUGGAUAGAAGCUAGGCCAAAUACAUAAAGCAAAACAAACAAAUAGCAUUUCAGGUAUGAAUCAUUUUAACUGCAAGUGGUUGCUGCUUUGUUUUGUCAUAUGACAAGUACUUAGCUGGCUUGAAAAAUCUGAACUUCAUACAUCUUGUUGGGUAAUUUUUCUGAUCAAUUCACAUCUUACAUUGAUACAACUUUUAUGCACUACUUCUGAAGUUACUUGACAUAAAGAGCAUUUUGCUUUAACUGAGCAUGUUUUUCUAAGCCUUUUGCCUGAAAUCUAACCUUUUAUUUUCUUCUUGCAUCAUCUGAACAGAUUCCCUCAUGCAUUGCCUGAGGAUGGUGAAAUAAAUGAGUGUCUCCCACUGUUACUUAAUGGAUUAUUUGCUUUAUGAUAUUGAGGGUUGUUUUUGAACAAUCAAGCAGUUAUACGCAUUUUAUGAAAUAAAAAAUUCAGAUACAUAGCUGAUCUUGUGAAAGGUUAAAUGUGACUUGAUAAGCACAUUAGUAUUUAGUAAAUGCUAAAUAUGCAUCUAAACCCAUGUUAAUCCCAUUCAGCAACACAUUUGAUACAGCCACCAUUAGUAUAAACUGGCAUUUGACAUUUUUGGUUUGAAAAUAAAUUUAGCUGUUGCAUUUCAGUUCUCUGUCUUAGUGACUGAAAAUAUGCAUUAUUUUCCCUUUUUGCAGGAGGCUUAGCCAGAGGCCUACUUCAGAAGAACUAGAACAAAGAAACAUCCUAAGACGUAAGCAGAGCAGUGUGUGUGUGUGUGUGUGUGUUAUGUAUUAUCUAUAAAUAAUUUCUUUUUCUUGGAGACUCUAAGAUAGUGCAUGAUCAUAUCAGAUGCCAACCUGAAAUCUGGGUCAAAUGAAUUUAAAGACAUUUCCGGAAUUCUGAGCCAUGACAGGUGAAUGAAGAUAGCUUAUAACAUUGUACAGCUGCUUGAAUCAAACAUCUUGUUUUGUGACCAUGGCAUAUUGCCUAUGCAACUAGUUUGCAGUUUGCAUGACAGCAAGAAGGUUAAAUAUCUUCUUAGCACCAAGAUUCAUUAAUACCCAUUGUAUAUCUAGCAAAUUGCAGAUCUGGAGCCUUGAUGUCUGUGGGCUUUGCCAUCUUGCCAAAACGAGCUUUCUAGAAACACGUCAUAGCUCUAUGUGCCAGCUGAAGAAUAUUAAUGAUUAUCACUACAUAUAAAACCAGCAGACAGAAUCUGCUUUCUGUAGUAUUCCAGUAUCCCAGAGCUCUGUUUGUCUUUUCUUUUUCAUUUCCUUAGCAAGCCUACAAAGUUAUAUAAACAUAACUAAUCCCCAGAGGACAUGAUGGAAAAUUCAGUUUUAUGCUGUUGGAUUACAUUAGAGCACAAAACUGAACUGUGUGCGACCAACAGUCAGUCAGGUGGACAAAAAUCCUGUGAAAUUAAAUAAACAGGAAGGUAGCAUGGUACUAUAUAAAAAGGGGUGCUGGCAGAUCAAGACGAAGGGCUAUGAGCGUACCAUACAGGAUUGGUGCUUCCAGAUUGUUGGUAGUCAGGUGGGAUUCAAUCACAUGCCAGCAAAUUCAGGGCUCCCAAUUAUAGUGGAUUGGGAGGUCUUGUGCAACAAACCUGCUUCCCCCAAAGACUGGACUUUUUUCAAUAAGGAAAGUGAUGGGGAGAUAUACUAGAAAAUGUGGAAUAACACUGGCUCUGAUACAACAUCAUCUCCCCUCAAACAAAUCAGGAUGGAUGCUUGUUACGCAGGAUGUCUGAAAGCAACCACUUUGCCUAAGGUUAUUCAUGGCACAUUCAGUUUAACUAUUGCUUCUUUGGGUUUCUUGCUCUCUCUACUUUGAUUGGUAAUAAUGAAGGCUGCCCAUCUACUGUUCCUCAUCUGGGACAGUGACUGUAACAUGCUGAGAAGUAAAAAGGGGAGGAAACCAGAAUGAGUUAGGAAUAAAGUUGAAAGUGUUUGUACUCAAACUAGCCUAGUGCUAUACAGUAGUUAACAUUCCUUUUAAUUAUUCCUACCUUUUCUCUCGUACAUCUAAAAACAGAAAAGAAUGAAGAAGAGGAACAAGAAGCUAAAAGAGAAUUGAAGCGCAGUCUCAGCAGAAAGGUACACAAAAUGUCUUCCGUAACCCAGAGAUUUCCAAACGGUGUGUCACACACAACACAUUGGUGUGUCGACUGCUGUGUGUAGGUGUGCUGUGCGAACUCUCCCCAUGCUCCUCCCAGGGCUGGAACGGGAGCGGGUAGUCCACUGGUUUUCUAGGAAAACCGAAUUACUGUUUCGUGGAACGAUGCAUGUCUAAAUAAUAUGUCACCAACAUGAAAAGUUGGGUAUCCUGAUAACAAACUGGGUCCUGCUUAUCUGCAGGGUGUGUCUUUUCCAACAUUAGUCCUUGCUCUGCUUUCCUUUGGUUUGUUCACCUAGCCUUCUUUUACAGCUCAGUCUGAGACCAACAGUGGCUGAGCUGCAAGCAAGAAGAAUCCUGCGUUUUAAUGAGUAUGUGGAAGUAACAGAUUCUCCAGAUUAUGAUCGCCGUGCUGACAAGCCCUGGGCAAGGUUAACCCCUGCAGACAAGGCAAGAGACAAAUAUGGAUUAUAAAUGCAACUUUGUUUCUGUAUCUCAGAAAUUUUCUUUGCCCUUAUAUUUUCCAGCAGAGACUCCUACUAAUUCCUGCAGCAGAGGUUGCUUCCAAAUAUAUGUAUGUACCCAUGGCCAGAGCACAUCCAUCUAGAAGGAAAAAUACACCGACCAGAUGUAUUUUCUCCUUUGGCCCAGGGACUCUCCCUGUCUGGCCCUGGGAGUUCUCUUCAAGCCGUAUCCUCUCAUCCUAGCCCCCAGCCCCAGCCUAAUUCAUACCCUUCUUGGGUGGAAUAUUAUCUUUGAGCUCCCUCAACUAUUUUUUUUCUGGUUGGAGGAUAAAGAGGAAUGAUUGAAUGUGUGCAGAAAUGAGUCUACUGUACAAAGGUAAAAGUUGCGGUCAUUGCUCUGUCCCCUUUUUCUUCUGGCCCUACACACCACUGGUGGGGAAUGUACCCCCAGAAUGUUGCCUAGAAGGGAAUGCAGCCCUGCAGCUGAAAAAGAUUCCCUACUGUUGCUUUAAAGCAGGCAUAGGCAAACUUGGCCCUCCAGAUGUUUUGAGACUACAGUUCCCACCAUCCCUGACCACUGGUCCUGUUAGCUAGGGAUGAUGGGAGUUGUAGUCCCAAAACAUCUGGAGGGCCAAGUUUGCCUAUGCCUACUUUAAACCAUAGCUCAAGGUGCGUGCAGCCUUCUUUCCUCUCCCGCUUCUUCCAGCAUUCCAGGGAGCAAAUUCAUGCUACUAAGUUUGGAACUAGGCAGCCUGGCAUCUCUACCUCCACUUCCUCUCCCCACACCUAAUGUUCAGUAACAUAAAACUCAUGAUGUAACGUCGCCAUGUUGCAAGUUUCCAGUGCCUUGCUCCACUUCAUUCUCUUGACAGUUUUGCGUUACUGAACAUCACUGUCAGAAAAAGGAGAAUCUAAAUUCUAUUUAGGUGCUGAUACCUAAGCCCCACAGCUUUUAAUCACCAUGUUGCACCCACUUGGCCCCACUAUGUAUUGGGUUGUGAGUAAGGUCUUUUACCUUUAACAUAUGCAACUCUAUACAUGUAAGGCCUGUAUAUGUGCUUAGAAACCCUGGUUGGGUCAAGGUUCCCAAUCGCACAUGACUGUAUUGAGGGGAAUAUGAGAGGAGGUCUCUAAUUCUGGCCUAAUAUGCUAAAGUAGGAGAUAUCUGUUCUGGUACUUAACACUUCAUUUGCUAUUGCAUAACUCUUAUGCUUCAACAUCACUAUGAGAAUUAUGCAAGAUAAUCCUCUUCUGAAACAGGAGACUGCGGUUAGAGAUAUAUCAUUGUGGUGACACAGCAUAAUAAUUGUUUCGUGCUGCAAUUCUGUCCUGCACUGAAAGAUUUCUACUUCUAAUGAGAUGCCUUUUAUAAAGGAUUAUUGAGAGAUAUUAAUGGUGUUUUCAAAAAACAAAAUGCAAGCAUAGAAUAAGAGUAGCUAUGACCUUCAUGGAGCGAUGGGGGCGAAAAGCAGUGAUUAUCAUAAAAGUAUUUGUGGUAAUAGCUGUACGCAGAUAGCUAGCCUUUUUAGAAAAUUACUAUGGAAUAAAUGAAGAGAUAGGAAAGUGAUUAGUUUUUCUUUUUAAAUGUCAACUCUCAUUACCAAUGUAAAGUACACUGAAUGGCUACUUUGCUUUUUAAUAAUCUGUCACCUGAAAACAAAGGCCUAGAAUGUCCAAAUAUUUCACCUGAUGUUACAGAAAACUGAAAUAGGAGCUAAUUUCUAGACAGGAAGCAUUAUUCAUCUUACAUGCCUCAUAUCUUGUCCUCUGUCAAGAAAGGCAGGAAUCCUGCAGUUCUUUGCAAUUGCUAUGCAUGAAGUAUUAGUCAGCCACUAGACUAGAACUGUGUUCUGCUAUAAUCACUUUGUGGAUGCCCAUUAAACAGGUGGUUGGUUCCCUUUCUGUCUCUACUGCUGCAAGACCUCUAUUCCCAGCACUCUUUGUAGCUAGAGCCAUUUUCUAUUGGAAUUAUCUUAUGAACCAUAAAUACUGUUUUAGAUAAAGAAGAUGGGAAGAAAAAUUUGACUUUGAGCUGAGACAACAUAGCAGGGCCUUGUAUGUCAUUUCCUGUGUCUUGUGAAACACACCUAAGAAUGUAGGUGUGCUGAGGCUGUGAGAGCAGAUCAGUGGUGCACAUUUUUUUUAAUAGACAUGAGUAUUUGUGUAUUGUAAAAGAACUGACAUAAGAGCAAGAUCAUCAAACACCACCAUGUAAGUGGAACACGUGAAGCAGCCCUGAAUUGCAGCUAUUCAGCAACAAGUCCAUAGAUGUAAAAUCUAAAGUGGGGUUUGGGGGUCUCUUUCUGGAUUAGGUAUUGGAUUUCACCUGUUGGUUCGGGGGGUGGGUCUGUCGUUUUAGCUACAAUUAAAACAUCAUGGUGUACAACUUUGCAUGGUAUAAUAUUCAAACUGACUAAAUAUGGGGUUGCACUGAGAUAUGAAGAGAACAGAAGUUUAACUGUAUAUGUUAAGACAUAAAAAUGGGCUAGACACAAAAUAAUACUUUGCUCUUUCCAGAAUGGUGAAUACAUUACAUAAAAUAUAUAUUCAUUACAUUAUUACAUUGUGUGUGUGUGUGUGUGUGUGUGUGUGUGUGUGUGUGCAGUCUUAUCUCAUACUUUGUUUUUUAAACUAGGCAGCAAUAAGGAAAGAAUUAAAUGAAUUUAAAAGCACCGAAAUGGAAGUACAUGAAGAGAGUCGGCAGUUUACAAGGUAAGGAAACUUGGGGGUUCAACCCCAGAUUGAAAUACUAACCCCCAGAUUGUAUUUCAAUUUUCAGAAGCAAUAUUUUCUGAUACCUGGUUCCUUAUAUACCAGGUUUACAACCUGUGGUUCACCUUGUUGAACACAGGCUAUUAGCAAUAUGUUAUAGCCUGCCUGGUGCUUGAACAAACACACCCUUGUGAAGUCUCAGGUAGGCAUGAAAAGCAGCUUAUUGAGUCCCUCACACCCUGCCACAUAUGGCUGCCAGGUGACAUUUGUUUUAAAAGGUCAUCAUGCAAGUAUGUCAUUUGCCAUUGUUUGAAAAUAAUGAUCUUUUAAGUGUGGAAGGAUUUCUAGAUCUGGCCCUGAUGCAGCAAAAACCCGCACCUCAGCCUAGUCCUUGAUUUCUUGGUACAAAUGAUUGUGGCAGUGGGGCCUGAGGUAUGGGCUACCUGCACAGUGUCCUCCUUGUCUUGGCAGAAAUUACUACACACAACCAGGAACAUGGAUAACUUUUUUAUGAUUUUAUGAGCUAUCAGCAUCCUGACAAAGUUCAUCUGCUUUGUUUCACUUCUUUUCCUGACAAAUAAAAGCCAGCUUGAUAGCUUUGCAUUUAUCUACAGUUUUUUGUCCCUGCCUCUGCUUUCACUGAUGUAGCACAUAUGAACUUCACUUAAAGCUGGGGCAGGGGAGGGCUUGCAUUAGGUUGGGGAGAACCCUUCAGAAAUUUCUGGCUGUAGUUAUCUUUUUGGAAUGAAUAGCUUAUUUGAAUAUAGCAACAGCAGAGCCCAGUAUGAAGAGGGAAGUUGACCAUGCCUGGCCUGCCAUGCUGCUUUGUCCAACUGUGCUCUGUGCACCAUUACAGUCAUACCAUGGUUCUCGAACUUAAUUCAUUCCGGGAGUCCGUUCUACUCCCCAAACUGCUCAAAAACCAAGGCGCGGCUUCCAAUUGGCUGCAGGAGCUUCCGGCACUUCAGUCGGAAGCCACGUUGGAUGUUUGUGUUCUGAAAAACGUUCGCAAACCGGAACACACACUUCUGGGUUUGUGGUGUUCGGGAGCCAAAACGUAUGAAUACCAAGGCGUUCGAGAACCAAGGUACAACUGUACUUCUUAGCACAUAGGGCUGCAGCAUUAACUCUGUACCAGUACAGUGGUACCUCGGCUUACAAACACUUCAGGUUACAUACGCUUCAGGUUACAGACUCCGCUAACCCAGAAAUAUUACCUCGGGUUAAGAACUUUGCUUCAGGAUGAGAACAGAAAUCGAGCAGCAGCGGCGCAGCAACAGCGGGAGGCCCCAUUAGCUAAAGUGGUGCUUCAGGUUAAGAACAGUUUCAGGUUAAGAACGGACCUCCGGAACGAAUUAAGUACGUAACCAGAGGUACCACUGGAGUAGGCAAGUUGCAUUUUGGAAUGCUAGCUUCAUUCUGCUGCUUUUCAGCAUAUUUCUUUGGCACAUGAACAAUUUUGCACAUUGCUGUAACUUUCAGUGGUGGCUGAUACUGGCAUACCACCCAUUCAGUUUCUUUUUCCAGUGGGGCAUCCCGAGUCACUAUGUGCUAAAUGUCUCAAAUAAAUGCAUAAAAUGUACUAAAGACAGGAGAAGAGUCUAAAUACCUUACAAAGUGGUUCCUCUGGUGGACUGCUUUAAAUGUAGGCAUUACAGAAGCCCGUGUUGUCUGUGUUUCUGAGAGUGGCUUCUGACAUGAUCAAAGCACAAGGUUUUUGCACCUCCUGUUCCCUAAACAUUGCAUUUCUUUGCAAUUCAUGCAGCAAGGCAAAAAGCUCUAUUUCUAGUAUGUAAGAGACAGGAAAUGCAAAGUACUUUCUCCCCCAUCUCCAAAGCAAUUGCCAAUCCCCUAAUUUAAAGUAAUAGGCAAAGUGGGAAGGCAUCCUGCUGUUAAAUUAAAAAGGAUUACCAAACCAUUCUAAAUGUAAUCUAAAUAAAGGAUUGCCAUCAACAUCUCUUCCCCCCAGUUUUAAGAGGUCAAAAUUAAUCACAUGUUUUAAGCCUUCUGUCUUCCACAAAUGUCCAUUCAACUUUCAUCCUUCCAAUCUCUGUAAUUAUUAGAACAUUAUUCCAGAUCCAGCAGCCCACAGAGAGCCAAGAAGCAAGCGUUUACAUUGUCAGUCAUGGAGAUUUAAACAUUUUAGCAGGCAUUUUAUAUCCAUGUUGCUCAGUUCAGUCUUAAACACAUUUGAAAUACAGAUUCAAGUCAUAUACAAAGAAAACAGAAUUUGAAUGUUUUGGCUUUUACAGAUAUUUGGACCCAUGCUAAAUCUCCAGGAACAGGAAGAAAGGUUUUGAAAUAAAGGUUUAUUUUUCUUUUUAUCUACUGCAGGUUUCACCGUCCAUAAGUGUUUGAAAAUAUCCUGCAAUCCAGACACAAACUUCCAACAUGGGGAGAGCACAGCAUCUCAAGAGUGCACCGCAACUGAAAUGUCUGCAGCCGUUUAACCUGAAGUCAUUGAACAAUGUGGCCUCCACAUUUUACAAAAGUGAUGAAUCUAAGAGAGAUCCUGGAAGGAAUGUGAAAGCAGUUGCAUGAUAUGAGAGGAAAUGGUAUUGAGGUCAUCUUAUUCAGAGUAAAUUAUACCUUUUUUUGGCUAGAAAAGAGAGAAGUGAGGCUAAUUGUUGCCAGGAUCCACUUUCAUGUAGGUUAGAAACAGACAGAAGAGAGUCCCUACCUGUCAGCCAAUAGAAUAAUGUUAGGGUGAAAUUAACCUAAUGCUAUAUGGGGGUAUUGGAUAACUUCUUAAAAGUGCAAAUCCAAGAAUGUGAGCAAUUCUGUGUGUACUGUUCCAGAAUCCUCAAAUUUUCAUAGCCAAGUGGAGAACAUAAAGUUCUCUCUUCAUAAACAGGGCUUACAAUAAAGUGCAGUGCCAGUGAAUUUGCCAGUAAUUAGUCCUAGCUGGAUUCAUAGGCUUUUAAAUAAUAAUAAUAAAAAUAUGACUGUCAUGCUUUUUAAAAAGUGCAUUGAGGCUACAAUCUUGAGCAGAGCUGGGCAGUAGAAGGAGGUCAGAACUUUUGAGCGUGCAACUAUGUCCAGGAUUGCAACAUAGAUUUUUUUUUUUUAAAGGAAAAUCAUGGUCCUCCAUAAUCAUGUACUAAUUUGAGAAACAUGUAGAGGAAGGACAAUAUGUGAAAUUAUAAUGAAAAGAUGCAGAUAGAAAUGCCUUUUGAAAAAUCUGGUUUUUGAAGUCGGGGCUGAAUUGCUGACUUCUAGCCUUGCUUAGGCUGCGAGUCUUGACAAUCAAAUUCUGAAGCCAAACAGAAAUGAAAGUGAACAAUAAAGCAGUUUAGCAAGUGGUUUGGGUCUAUUUUUUAUCUUUAUAGCUUCAGCUACAUUAACAGAUUCUUGGAUCAGAGUACAUAGUAUAAGACCUAGAAGCUGUUCAUCACUUGCCAAGACUUUCCCUCUAAACUGCACAGCCUCAUGCUACUGCCGUGUGCCAGCACUCUCGUAGUUGGCCAUUCCAGGGCAGAAAGAGCAGACUUUUUUUUAUAGACAACAUCAUUUGCUGGCCACAGAAUAUAUGGGUAUUACAUUGCCUUUGUGUUUGGGACUAUGUGCAGAGAAUAUUAGUAUGGGCACGGCCCUUCCCUAUGUGACCACUGUGUCCUCAAAUGGGGGGUGGGGAGAACCUAUUCCACAUAACAGAGCCUUGUUUCUCCUCUUUUAGCAUUGUGUCAGGACAGUCUGAGGAAUGAGGCUGCCUGUGCACAUUUCUUACAUCUUUGUCCAGCCUGCUUGAUCAAGUUGAGGGGAAAGGGCUGGACGGUGAAUACAGAUCUCAGGUCCUGCUUGUGGACUUGCCAUAAGCAUCUGGUUGGCCACUGUGGGAACAGGAUGUUGUACUUGAGGGGCCAUUGUUGUGACGCAGCCGGCUCGUCUUAUGUUCUUAUCUCCCAUUCCCUAAAAGGUAUAUCCAUGUACCAAACGGGUGAAACCAGAGCUCUGUCAUGCCCUUCAGGGAUCUCUCAGCCAGUGGACUCUGUGCCUGUGUGGGGAAGGGUCGUUCCGUAGGUGUCCCUACAGCAUCCCCAUAAAGGACCUUGUGAAAAUUAUAGAAAGGCCUUGGAACCUACAGCCUGUAUUUGUUGUGUGUUAAUAAUGCGAAGCAAAUUGUCUACUUUUAUACUAUCUUGUAAUUGUAUUUGUGAAUACAUGUUUAGUUAAGUUUAAAUAGUAUACGAUGGUGAGAGAGGCAAUAUGUGCUUUAUUAUGUUGGCCCUGAGUAUGUUGGCUUAUUGUAAGCCUAUGACAUUGUUUACACUAAAAAUUGUCUUAUAUUAGCACUUAUUUAUCCUUUUAAUGUACACGGUGAAACUUCUGGGCCUGAAAUACACAACGGCAUGUAUUGCAGUAUUACAAUAUAUAUAUAUAUAUAUAUAUGCUAUUUAUCCUUUUUAAUGUAUGUACAUACUACAAUUUAUUUUUGUCUAUGUGCCCUGUUUAGUUCUUAAUUAUAAAAGAUAUGUAUUUUUUUCAGGCAAUAAAUGGUCUCUGUCACUUAAUUAUUAUUUUUUACCUCAACACUUGGAUUGUAUUCUUCUGGGUUAGCUUUAGUUAUAAAAGUUAAGAAUGUCCGACAGAGCAGUCCAGUAUGUGUGUACUCUGACUUAAGCCCCACUGAGCUCAAAGGCACUUACAACUAAGUUUAUGUGGGAUUGCAGCCAGAAAUCUUUAAAAAGUGGACACACAGUUAAGCUGGUAAUAUUGUAUCAUGUUCAUUACUAAUACAUUUACAUUUGCAUUAAGUGCAGUGGGCUGUAUUCCC